AUGGCGGAGGCCAUUAUUCCUACCCCACCACGAGGCCUGAUGGAUACUACGUUAGCCAGACUGGAUGCCAUCUUUCUGGCCUUCUGGAGCAAACUUGAGGAGAGGCAACGAGAAGUAAGCCUGCCGCAUCACUCACCCCCUGAACCUCUAUGGACAUUCCACAGGCUUCACAGCCAAGACUCGCUCCUGGUGACAAUUGCCUGUUUCCCGGACUACCUAUGCAUUACUUCACAUUAUGCAAUUUAACAUCUACCAAGACCACUCAAUGCACACCUAGGAUCGCUUCACCUUACUAGUAUGAUAACGCUAUUAUUUUGUAUCACCUUUAGCUUAGCACAAACAAAGUUGAGCUGUGACAUGCCUACCUACCUCACUCACUAUUAAGGCUAAGAAUACACCUUCUUCGAUGAUGCUACAUUUAAUUUAAGUUAAUCUACUUUUAUUUUCCUGCCUUAAUGAUAGCCCAAAAUUCUAUAGUCUGCCUGGUGGUAACUUACUCUAAUAACCAUCUUGGUUACGCAUGUGACCCUAUAAUCUCACAACACUCUCCGUAUGUAAAUCUCUAGCUGUAACUCGUAAGCAAUCACUUGUAACUGACGCAUUGAUAUAACUCUAGAUAAAACUACAUCAUAUAAUAAUAUAAAAUGUGCAAUGUUUAUGCCGAACAAUUGUUUUCACAUGUUCACUGAUACGCUGGCAAUAGCUAUUGUGGCAUUGCUUGCCUCGUUGUAUUUUUCUUCUUGCACAAUAAAAUAAAGAAUUUAAAUAUUUCAUAUAGCUGUCUUAGAUUCUGUGACUCAGCAAACCAAAUUUUUACAUUUAAAAUUGUAAUUAACGCCUAGAAAUAUGUGUUCUAAAAAUAAUUAUUACAAUGUCCCAAAUGGCCAGGAUUUUAAUCAGGACUAAUAAAUCUGUUUUAAGAUGUAUUUAUUUAUUUAUUUUUGCAGUAGCUGUGUAGAAAUUAUUAUAAACAAAGAUAUGUGGAAAAUGCAGGGAGGGGGUUCAUAUUUUUUAUAUUCAUAUGUAAUGUUGUGCCAUGCAUACCUAUAGGGCAUCAAAAGACAGACCUAUCCUUCCUUGAAAAAAAAUGUUUGAGUGCACUUAAUUGGGGGAAGGAUAGUAAAUGGAACGCAUAGCAAAAAGUGCAAGGAGGGCUCAGUCAUGGUACAUGGACUUUUAAAAAUGUCUCCUAUUCAACAUGGCAGGCUAAAGGAUUAAACAGACAUUGCAGUAUAUAUUUAGAAAUUGUAAAGGCUUUAUUAAAAUAAUGCAUACACAGGAACACAUAGACACAAGCAUACACCCCUCAAAACAGGCACAUACAGGUUUAGGUGCACACAGGCAGGCAUACAUAGUCGCAGACACAGACUGGCACAUACACACGCCUGCACACUGUAAAAAAUUUUUUUAAAUGUUUGUUUUAAUAUUCCUUGGAGGGCGGGCAGCAGCCAGUUAACUUAGUAGAGCCAACCAGCACUUCCAGGAUCCAAAUCUGUGUGGUAUUGUCUCCAUACUGUUCUCUCUCCCAGUUUUUUGAGUCUCUGCCGAGAAUGGAAAUAGUACAGUGAUAGACCCGGGUUACAGUAUCAUGUUCAAUUCUUCGCUAUCUGAAUUUCCCUAAUUUGCUGCAAUAGCCCCUGGCUGAGAUUAACAUGGAGACCUGGAGUAAGAGCAGCAUAGAUGAAAAAAAAACACCUAUUCAGAUCCUUUGCUACGGGGCCCUUCAUUUGGGUCUCUAUCCCACCCAACUCCCCCAGUGACGCACAUGGCAGAAACCAUUUACAAAUCAUUUUGAGAAAUCCAUAAGUAGGAAUUCUAGGAAAACACUGCAAAACUGAACAACCACAUGCAGUUUCCCAGUGACUGUGGAAGGAUUUUGAUCUACCUCCAAACAAUGCAAACCAGCUGUCGUUCUGUAUAAUUUUGUGUAUCUAUUUAUUUUUCAGCUUCAUGACUUGUUCAGAGCAAGAUUGGUGCUUUGGCCAAUCUGCUAAUGCAAAUAAUACGUUACAGAUCAGCCUAUUAGUUUGAGUCAUGGAAUCAGAUUAUAGAUGGCUUCUAAAAUCCAAAUUCAUAUCGAUACAAAUCACAUGGGGAAAAAAAGCCAACAUUUUAAAUGUUAUCUCGAAGUUAGAUUCACCUAUAGUGCAUUUGUUGCCAUUAAAAACAUCUUAAUAGUUAAUGGGCAGAUCAGUGUCUCAAACUUUCAAAAUAAACAAGCUUUUAAGCAUUGUCAAUACAUUUAUAGUCCGGUGUAAGAGAACACUGUUUGCUUUCCUAAACCAUUAGUCAUUUCGGCCUCCCGUGCCUCCAGACUAAUUUACGUGUUGUCUUCUUUUGCAGUAUCUUCUUCAGGAAGAGUCAGUGUGGAAAAUUCUGGUUUGCCGAUGGAAGAGCCUGUUACUAUUUGUUCUAUUGACAGCUGCAAUAAUCUUAGUGCCUUUUUUUGUUUAUCAAAUGAAAACCUUGUCGCAUCCACCUCCUGAUGUACUAUUUAUAGCUGCUGCAAUAUGCUCGGGUACCAUUGCAGAGACCCUCCUUAUUAAGUAAGUACAGCUAACCACAAUAACACCAAUUAUACCUUGUUAUUAUGGAGCAGGUGUUUAAAUGUAUUCUCGAACGUAAGUGUGAAUUAAUUUAAUAUGACCGUUUAGUAUAUUAAACGACAGGACAUUUGAAAACAAGGAAAAUAUAAUUCUAUAUUUCCUGUUGAAUUAUUACAUAAAGAAUGUAAUAAAAUAUGAUCUUCUGAUAGCAAAUUAUUCAAAACAGUAAGGUGAAUCCCUUUAGAACUGACUUAUUUUCUGCUACAGACUGGGAUAAGAUUAGAUUUGAAGAAAAAGACAAUAUUUCACUAUUUAAAAAAGCAGUAAAGUUAUAAGGUGCAAUGGCGCUAAAACAAAGUGCAGCAACGGGGUGUCAGGAUUACUGUUUGAUCCAGCACGUAGAACUGUAUAGCAUGGAUGCCCCAAUAGAGAUCGUAAUAGGGACAGUUUUGUGGGUUAUAAGCGGUUGUGUGAGUGGUCUACCAUCAAUAGCCUGACUGGUAUCUCAUUACCCCUAAUAAACUGGACAUCAAUAAAAUUUCCAGCAGCACCUGAGUCCAUUAGGGAAAUCAAGGGAAAUAGAUACCUCAAGGAGGAAUCUACUUUUGGUUUUGUUAGAGGACAACUCCAUCACACCUAAGAUCUGUCCCCUUAAGGUUCUUAGGUGCGGAAGUUUUCCGGAUGCACUGGGCAAUUAGUUAUCAUAUGUCCCUUUCUACCGCAAUAUAGGCAUAACCCCUCCCUUCUCCUAUACUGUUUAUCAGCCUCCGACAGUCUAGUGACCCCCAACUGCAUAGGUUCGGGUUCGGACUGUACAGGGAGGUUAGACAAAACAGGUUUAGAGAAUUGAGGUGCUAGGGACAUAGCCGUACGUCUGGUCUUGCUUCUGGUGACUUCUGAGUCUUAACCUAUUAUCAAUAUGCAUGACAAACGUAAUAAAUUUGUUAAGACUCUUAGGUAAUUCUUUACCGGCUAUCUCAUCUAGUAUAGUCUCUGAGAGACCCUUUUUGAAUGCUGAGAUUAACCCAUUGUUAGUCAAGUCUACCUCGGAAGCUAAGGUACGGAAUUCAAUAGCAUAAUCCAACAUAGACCGGUUAGCUUGUCUGAUGUGCAUUAGGGCAGUGGAGGCAUCAUCCUCUCUACCCAAUGGCUCAAACGUGAGCUUGAAUUCGGCAAGGAAUUCCUGGUAAUUAUGAGCUAUGUUUAGAUUACUCUCCACAACGGAUUAGCCCAGGCAAGGGCCUUGCCCUUUAAUUGAUUAAUUAGAUAACCAAUUUUUGCUCAAAAUGGUACUCCACCUGAUUAAGAAAACCCCUGCAUUCCUGGAUAUUGCCAUCAAACUGUAGGGAUGCCGAUAAGGAGAUGCUAGGAGUCCUAUUAACAGUGGGUGGAGGUACACAGGGUAGAGGUGCUAUAGGAGUAGACGCUGCAGGCUGCAGAUGCGCCGUUCUAGCGAGAAGCCUACUAAAAGCCUGAGUGAAUUGAUCCAUGCGGUGAUCAUUCUCCUCUAAUUUCCUCUCACAAGCAGCUAUGUGCUGACACAGUUCUACAGGAUCUUAAUGUCAGGAUUACUGUUUGAUCCAGCACGUAGAACUGUAUAGCAUGGAUGACAAAUAAGUAACGUAUUACCGGUCCUUAGAAUGGCCGGAUUUAACGUACAUAGAAUAGUCAAAAAUACUAGCCGAGGUCAGGGAACACAGAAAUGGACGCAGCAAUGAGGAAAGCCAGGAGUCAGGAUACCAGAAUAUAGAGAAGUCAAUAAACAAAGCCAAAGUAGAAACCAGGUAGAAAACUAAUAACAGGAACGCGCUCUCAGACAACCACAAGGGAAACCACGACAGGGCACUGAGCAGGAUGAGAACUGAGCCUAAAUACCCCUCCUCUAGGUCUGAUAGGCUGUAACCAUCCUUUGACCCCAAAGUCAGUUACCAGGUUUCAUUUGCAUAAUUGCUGCUCAGCAUUAACCCUUCUGUGGAUUAGUUUGCUGCUCAGCACAACUUUUCCUGUGUGGACAGUAAAUGUCAUUAACCACAUUUCUAUAAGCAGAUGAAUACGUGGCACGGGGUCACCUUAGUGUGUUGUCACUCCCACACUAAAUACAUACGGAAAUGGAAAAAGCAGGCCAAGGUGACAGGCGCACAAAUUAGGUAAACCUCUUUUAGGCAGGUUACAAGAUAGAGACCUAAACAGCACAAAAUAUAAACAACAUCAUAGUGUAAUAUGUUUGAAGAUAUUUUAGCAAGUGGUGAAAAUUGGCACACUCACAGAUGUUUGAGCCUCUCAAAAGCUGGCUCAGACUGUAUGGUAGUUUCUCCCAAUACUGGUUUGUUGAUCCAAACACCAGGUGCCACCAGAUACAGCAACUCCAAACAGGUUAGUGCUCUGGAACCAGGGUUGAUGAUAAACAGGUUUUUAUUUAAAAAUAACUAAUAGGAAAUAUAACAUCAACCCGAGUAAGACAUAGCCAAAGGUCCAAAUGCAUUGUGCUGCACAUUUGAAAGACUUGAAUGUUGAUUUUAUAUUUCCUAUUUAUUUAUAUUCCUAUUUAUAUGAUGUUGUUUGUAUUUUGUAAAGUUUAGGUCUCUAUCUUGUAACCUGCCAAAAAGAGGUUUACCCUAUUUGUGCACCUGUCACCUUGACCUGUUCCUAAUAUUUCACUGUUGUUUAGGGAGAAUAGACCUUAAAUCUGUUUUACCUUUAUGAUUUCAAAAAUAUCUUUAUUACCCCUCCCCCUCAAUUUCAGGUUUAUCAAUGAGCUAAAACUGGUUUUAUCUUGCUGUACAAUUAGUAGAUCUAGCCUCCUUCCAUAGACCCAUUUAAUGUUUUUUUGUUUGUUGACCUUGAGUUAAAAAAAAACAAAGUACUUAUAGCUAAGGUGACAUGGGCAGAGGAGAGGAAGAAAAUUAAAACUUUUCUAACUUGAACUUACUGCAUGUACCCCCUGUGACCAUUAUCACGCUCUAGAUUUGGUGAUUCAUAUCAGAUUUUGUUAUAUAUAAUAUAUAUAAUUCUGUGCCCUUUUGGUUCAUCUGAUUCCUUUCCUGAAUCCGUUUAUUGCCAUCAAAGUUCUGCAGAGCCAAACCGACAUGGCUGGAAUUAAGCCAUUUGGAAAAAUAUUUUAUUUUUAGGUAAAAAAGGUUCAGAUUAACUCCAUAACGUCACCAUGCAUAGGUCUAUCACAUACUCUAGUGUAUCGAACAGAAUUGCCUAACAUUCUAACUUUAUAAGCCUUCCCCCGCCCUACAGAGCUCAGUCUGCGUGGAGCCCUCCAUGGGUGAAGAUGGAUUAUUUUUUUUGCGCUCUAGUUUUUUGUUUUUUUUCUUCAAAGUGCAUUGGUUAUUAUGGAUUUUUAUUUGGCCUUUUUGGGGGCUGAAAAAAGAAGAUUUUAGAAGAAAGAAGACCUAUUUAUUGGUCCCCCCUCACUAUUUUUAGGUUGAGGGGGGUAGGUAGGGGAUAAUUUUUUUUAGGAGGGGGUGACUAGGGGUUUGGGGACCCCUAGUCACCUGGGGGGGGUUAAUUUUUAUUUAGGUCCCCCACCCGCCGCUCAGGGGUGGGGACCAGGGAGGAAGACAAUAGGCCCCCCUUAUUGGUAUUUAUUAUUAUUAUUAUUGCCAUUUAUAUAGCGCCAACAGAUUCCGUAGCACUUUACAAUAUUUUGAGAGGGGGGAUAUAACAAUAAAUAGGAUUAUUACAAGAAAUCUUACAGGAACAAUAGGUUGAAGAGGACCCUGCUCAAACGAGCUUACAGACUAUAGGAGGUGGGGUAUUAGAAACAUUAGGACAGGAAAUAUCAAGUAGGAAUGAAGCAGAGCUGGAGGAGAGAGCAAAGCACUGUCCCAUAGGAGAGAGCAGGAGACAGGUAUGUAAGGUAGAGAUUACUCUGGGAGGCCAUACGCUUUCCUGAAGAGAUGGGUUUUAAGGCCCUUCUUAAAUGAUUGAAGACUAGGGGAGAGUCUGAUGGCAAUAGGCAAGCUAUUCCAUAGGAGAGGAGCUGCCCGCGAGAGGUCCUGCAAGCGCGAGUUGGCCGUACGGGUGCAAGCAGCGGUCAGGAGGUGGUCACGGGCAGAGCGGAGGGUACGAGGAGGGGCAUAUCUAUGGAUUAGUGAAGAGAUAUAAGAGGGGCUAGAAUUGUUCAGUGCUUUAAAUGUAUGGGUUAGCACUUUGAAUUGACUCCUAUAGCAUACAGGGAGCCAAUGUAAGGACUGGCAGAAGGGUGAGGUGUGAGAGGACCGACUAGAAAGGAAAAUCAGUCUAGCUGCAGCAUUCAUUACAGACUGUAGCAGGGCAAUAUGGCUUUUGGGGAGACCAAUCAGGAAAGGGUUACAGUAAUCCAUGCGGAAAAUUACUAGAGCAUGGACAAGCUCCUUGGUAGCAUCUUGCGUAAGAAAGGGGCGGAUGCGGGCUAUGUUUUUGAGUUGGAACCUACAGGACUUGGCAACAAACUGGAUGUGAGACUCAAAGGUGAGACCAGAGUCAAGUAUGACGCCAAGACAGCGCACUUGCAGGGAUGGACUUAUGUGUAUAUCACUGACUUGAAGGGAGAGCGAGAGAGUAGGAUCAGUACUAGGAGGAGGAAAAACAAGGAGUUCAGUUUUAGAGAGGUUAAGUUUCAGAAAGCGUGAGGACAUCCAGUCAGAGAUGGAAGAAAUGCAAGCAGUGACACGUUGCAGGACGGCAGGGGAGAGGUCCGGGGAGGCGAGGUAUAUCUGAGUGUCAUCAGCGUACAGGUGGUAGUGGAAUCCAAAAGAGGCAAUAAGUUUACCAAGAGAGGCAGUAUAAAGAGAAAAUAGAAGGGGGCCAAGGACAGACCCUUGGGGAACUCCAACUGAGACAGGACGAGGGGAGGAGGUAUCCUUGGGAAAGGAGACACUGAAUGAGCGUUGGGAGGGAUAGGAGGAAAACCAAGAGAGGACAGAGACCGAGCGAUUGAAGAGUUUGAAGGAGGAGAGCAUGAUCAACGGUGUCAAAGGCAGCAGAGAGGUCAAGGAGAAUUAAUAUGGAGUUGUGACCUUUGGAUUUAGCGGAGAUUAGGUCAUUAGUUACUUUGAUAAGAGCAGUCUCAGUAGAGUAGAGAGGGCGGAAGCCAGACUGAAGAGGGUCAAGGAGAGAGUUGGAAUUAAGGAAGCGGGACACACGGGUUAAGACAAGUCUUUCCAAAAGCUUUGAUGAGAAAGGGAGCAGGGAUAUGGGACGAUAGUUAGAAGGGGAGGAUGGGCCAAGAGAUGUUUUUUUCAGGAUAGGUAUUACAGUGGCAUGUUUAAGGUCAGCAGGAACAGUGCUGGAAGAGAGAGAGCAGUUAGAUGUUUGUUAGGGUAGGCACAAGACAAGGGGAGAGAGAUCUGAUGAGGUGAGAUGGGACAGGAUCGAGCGGGCAAGUGGUGGGGCGAGAGGAAUGGAGAAGCGCAGCCACCUCUUGUUCAGUAGCCGGGUAGAAAGUCUGGAGGGUAGGGAAAGCAUGAUUUACAUGUGGUUGAGAAAGAGAACAGCAAGGAGGGGAGAAUUGUUUCCUUAGCUGUUCAAUCUUGUCGGUAAAGUAGCAUGCAAAGCUAUCAGCUGUAAGGUUAGUUUGGGGGGUGGCCACAGCAGGGCGGAGAAGGGAAUUAAAGGUGUCAAAGAGACGUCUGGGAUUGCGAGAGCAUGAACUAAUGAGAGAGGAAAAGUAUGACUGUUUGGUGAGGGCUGCGCUGUAUGAAAGCAACAUGAAUCUAUAAUGGAGUAGGGCCCCAACCCGCCGCUCAGGCAUGGGGGCAGGCGGGAGGACGACAAUAGGUCCCCCCCCAUAUUCUAUCUUAGGGCCCCCACCCGCAGCUCAAGGUGGGGGCCAGGGUGGAGGACAAUAGGUCCCCCCUUUAUUCUUCUUUAGGGCCCCCACCCGCCGCUCAAGGGUAGGGAUUGGGGGGAGGACAAUAGGUCCCCCCCUUAUUUUAUUUUAGGUCCCACACCUGCCAUUUAGGGGUGGGGGAAACAUUUUUUGUUUUUUACAGUGAGCAGCCACAUGUGUCUGUUUACUAGACAUGCCCCUACUUGCGGUAUAGUGAGUAGGGGCAUAAUUUACUAAUACUAAGUAAUCUUUAUAAUAAUGAAUGAAUAAUGUAGGUCUUUCAGCCUUUUAGUAGAUAGCUCCUAAUACCAUGGGAAUUAAGGAGUUAUCUACUUAUUUAUUCCUGUCAUUCCAUUGACAGGCUAAGUAAUUUACAUUUUAUAUGAAUGUGUGUUACUUGAUUGUUGUAAGUGUUGCAAAUGCUUACAGCUGAAUCCUGGCUAUGUUUGUAUACUUUUUAUUUAAACUUGUAUACAGUGUAACAUUCUUAAUUCUUCCACUGGGUAGGUAUAUUAGUACUUCGGCAAUACUGUACUUCGGAACUUCGGCAAUUCAGCUAUUCGGACAUUCGGAAGUAUCCGAAUGUUCGAAUUGCCCGAAAUUCGUCCCAAUUGACAUUCGGAACGAAACGAAUUGCACAUGUGUAAAACAAACUGCAAUAAUUAUCUUUGCAGGGUUAAGGGAUCUGGGACAGUGAGCCCAGACCACUUUAAAAAGCUGAAGCGGUCUGGGUGCCUAUAGUGUCCCUUUAACUAUCCACGGUCUGAUGAUGACCUUAUUAAUUCUUCUCCAGGGAUUGAGCUGCAUGACCUCACCAAUCAUAAUUAUCAUAAUACAUUUUUAAAAACAAAAAAACGGUGAGAAAAAAAAAGUGAAUUGUUGGUAAUCUGCUUUUAAGGCACAAAGCCUGCCACUGUCUUUGUGAAAACUGCCACAUUCCCUGUAUUUCUCUGUUAUAGCAGCUUUUGCUGAGACCUUUCAUUUCAGAGUGCAAAGUAUUUUAUCAUAAUAAAUGUAAUCUCUUAAUCUUCUCAGUCAAGGUUGCUUGAGCGACACUAAAUUAAUUGGAAGGCACUCAACGGCUAUAAUUAUUUAAAGUUUUAGGAUUUCUCAUUUUGAAAAUAUAUUACAAAAUAAAAUAACAGAGGAAUGCCGAAGAAGGCUUAAUGUCUUUGCACAUAAAGAGUUAAUACAGAAUGCAAGAUAUUCCCUAAUGACCUUAACAUUGUGUUAAAUAAUAGAUCUGAAUUAUUAUACUGCAAUGUUGCAUAGCAAGGCUUUAUUUGAAUACAUGUUAAACAUGCACUGCUAUAAAUCAAAGUAAAUAUUCAGGUGUUUUUUUUUUAAUUCUUGCUGUUUGUCCUGCUACAUAGGAGAUUGUCGAAACAGAUUCAGCCCACUCCUUAGUUUUUUUGUUGCUUCUUUCAUUAUGGGGAAGAAAUUAAACAUCCCUCCAAGUCAGUACUUAAAAUAUCAAAGACAUUGUUAAAUGCCUUUGAGUCACUAUACAAGUAAUUCACUUGUGCAAAGCGGCUUCAUGGUAAAUGAAACACUACUAAGGAGGUUUGCAAAGCUGAAUAAACACAAAAUUAAUUAGUCUGAAACUUCCUGAUGGAUCCAUUUAAUGAAAGACUGUAAUUGUGCCAAACACUCCACACUAUGAAUUUGUUCUAUAUUGUUUCAUGUUACUUUGCGUUGAAAGUUACACGUUUAUAUUUUUACGCAACCAUAAAAAAAGUGGCUUGGAGAUAUAGCAACUAAUAAGUCAAUAAAAACGCACUUAAAGGGAACCAGUCAUUGUUUAUUAUCAUUUAAAAACAAAAAGGUUACAUAAACUACAGCCUCCAUGUAGAUCAUUUUUAAUUCAUGCGCAAAACGAAAUACCUAUUUUCCGUGCUAUUCAUUUACCAUUCUCGUUGGAGUCUCCAUCUUCACAUACUCAUUGGUCAGAAGUACCAUGUUUCUGCCAAGACCAUAAGACAUCUAAAUGGGUGAACCAAGUUCAAAACAUUUUUUUGCAAUGUGGCAUUUGCACAUUACAUUAGUUUUUUUUGGUUUUUCUUAGCUUAACUGAAAAAAAGCGAUUGAAUAAAUAGUGCUUCUUACCAAAGGUGAUUUAAAUAUGGCUGUACUCAUGGAGCAGAUAGCUCCCUAUAUUGAUACCUUUGUGGGAUUGCCAUAUAUUUAAGGAUACUAAAUUAGGUAAUUGGUAUACUUAAGACAACCUUAUUCAAAAAUAAUAAAUUAGUGAGUUAUCUACGAAUCGGCUAAAAGAUCACAAUUAAGAAAAUAACUUCUUAAUCUUGAACAUCCAGCACUUAACAGACAACUCUCUAAAUUGGUACUGGUUUAGCUUUGUAACAGCUCUCUUAAUUCAUAACCCCACAAGAAACAAUGAAAAUGUUUAAAUAUGUUCGAUUGUGCACAGGUUUAGUGAGGGCAUCUCAUAAGCCAGCACUGGUUUCAAUACUUCUCUGAUUUUCAACUUUUUUUAAAUUUACAUUUUUUUAAAAAUUUUGGGGGGAGGGGGCAAAUCGAAUAACUCACUCGGGUAUUUGAAAAUGUCGCACUGCUAUGACUACCCACCAAUAGCAGUUUGUGUCAAUACACCUUUUGGUGGUUUAAAAUAACAAGGCACAAGGCAGCAACAUUGUGAUAAUAUUUAAUUCUUCCCAACUUCAAACCAUCGCUUGCUGUGAACAGUAAAAUCAAAUACCCUGCACUGUAAAGCGAACAUGUGAACCAGAGCUUUGACUCUGCGUGUUCUUUAAUUUCAAUUAAGCCCAGAACAUUAAUUGUGCUACUUUUCCAUUGUACGUUCUGCUUUUCCUUCUCAGUUUGCCACAAGUUAGUCUUUGAAACUAAAUGUAAUGACCGCAAACACAGUCAUCUGGAACAGGAGGCCUUCGAAUAUUUGACAUUUUUAUCACCUUGUUCCCACUUCCGUUUUCAAUAAAAACGCAAAUUGGAAUAAAGCCUGGGGUCUGCUUAAUCAUUAGUAAAUUAAGAAUCUGUUUUUAAUAACCUCUAACUUGUAAAUAAUGUAUUAAUUGAGUAGCUUGAAUGUUCAAAAGUCUGCUAAAUGUGUAACUAAAGUAGCUAGCUAUUAUUGGAGAAUGCAUACCAAAUGCAGCAAAUUAAAUAAGCCAAUUGUUGCUUGUGGAAAUUGUGGUAUAAUUGGUAAAAGGCACCUGCAGCUGUUUUCCAAGCAAACAGAAAUAAAGCAUGUAUAUAGUAUAUGUAUGUGUCACAAUGUGAUGGACGUAUUUCAUUUUCCGACCUUUAUAAAUUGCUACUUUGUGGGCCGUUUGUGUUUGUUUUCUUGUUUUGUUUUUAUAUUGGGGUUUUUUUUUGGGGUUGGUGAGGGGAUGGUAUAAACUGUGUGUGUUUGUGUGUGUGUGCGUGUUUGUGGGAACAGACAGUUGUCUGAUGUAAACUUCUACAAAAAACUGGACAAGGACCCCACCAAGGAAUAUACAGCUAAACUCGUAAAACUUAUCAAAUCAUUUCUGAAACACCUACAGCAAGAAUUAGAAUAUCUGAUGCCAUUCCAGUCCUCAGAUGGGAACCUUCUACAUGCUGCCCAAAAUCCACAAGCCAGGAAACCCAGGACUGUACAUUAUAACUGGUAUGGGAAUACUAUGGGAACAAAUAUCUGGCCUAAUAGAAAACAUUCUUAGGCCUCUAGCUAUUAAGACUGAGAGCUUUAUACAGGGCACUACAGACUUCCUCAAUAUGAACUACCUGAAAAUACUAUGCUAGUAACAAUGGAUGUGGAAUCCUUAUACAGUAACAUCCCACAUAAGGAUGGUAUUGAGGCCUGCAUUAAAUUUCUCUCAUCCCACAAACCAACACACAAAUAUGUUUGCCCAGUUUAUAGAAUUCAUACUCACAUAUAACUACCUACAAAUGACAGGGACAGCAAUGGGCACAAAACAUUUCACCCCAAUACGAUAAUCUUUUCAUGGAUGACCUAGAAAACAGAUUUUUCUGUACACAGCCCCACAAACCAUAUACCUAUUAUUGUUACAUCGAUGAUAUUUUCAUAAUAUGGAUAGAAGGAGAAGAAAGCCUUACACACUUCAAUAAAUCAUUUAAUUCAUUCCGCCCAUCAAUAAACCUUAAAAUGAACUUUUCAGAUCUUGGAGUUUCUUGGACUGCACAAUAACUGUCACCAAUGGCAUUCUUCAUUCGUCUGUAUAUAGAAGACCCACAGACAGGUACAGCUACCUCCACAAUUCCAGCUUCAAUCCCAAUCACACCAAAAAAGGUAUCAUCUACAGCCAGGCUAUCAGAUACCACCGCAUUUGCUCUGACACAAAAUACAGAGAUCAGCACCUGAGUACACUGUCAUAAUCAUUUAGGCAAAAGGGUUACAAGGAAAAGCCCAUAUGUAAAAAAAAAAAAAAAUCUGCCCUAAAAACACCACGGGAAAGGCUACUACAACACAAAGAAAAGGAAAACAAAACCAGAAUCCCUCUAGUAGUUACAUACAACCCAACUCGAGAAGGAGUAUGUAAGAUUAUUAAAGAGCCACAUUCAAAAAAAUAUUUCAACACCAGAGAUGAAGGACUUAAUGUAGACUCUGGCUUCCUCACACACUACCAAAGCUUUUGUUAUAAACACACAUCGUAAUGUCUUAUAUAGUUCUUUUUCAAUAUUUUAAUUUCACCUUUAUUGGAUCAAUUUUUAUACAUACAUAUAUGCAGCUAUAUAUUUGCAUGCCCUGCUCUGCUGUUUUCUUGUUAUUUUUUUUCUCGUUUUUUUUUUCUUUUUAUUUUUAACUAGCUUAUUGACUCUCCUUUGUUUUUUUACUUUUUCUGGCUAUUCUCAGCCAACCUGAACCUUUCACUUUCAGGCACAUCUUCUGCUAUUUAUGACACCCCACUCAUGUCCCUCCUGCCCCCUUCCCCUCCCUCCCCUUCUCUAACAUCAGUUGUUUUAAGCAGGGUUCAAGUCCUGGGGAAUCAAGUGUGGGAACACAGCCAAGAUCCCCUCCCCCCAAAGAAUUAUAUACACUUGUGCAUGUGAGUGUGUGUGUGUGUGUGUAUAUAUAUAUAUAUAUAUAUAUAUAUAUAUACGCGUGCACACACAUACACUCAAACUAGUGAUGUGCCGAACGGUUCGCCGCGGACUCAUCAUUGAGUAAACUUUGACCCUGUACCUCACAGUCAGCAGACACUUUCCAGCCAAUCAGCAGCAGACCCUCCCCCCCAGACCCUCCCACCUCCUGCACAGCUCACUAAGAAUGCAGCUUCACAAUGGAUGCUGUCCAGGAGGUGGGAGGGUCUGGGAGGGAGGGUCUGCUGCUGAUUGGCUGGAAUGUGUCUGCUGACUGUGAGGUACAGGGUCAAAGUUUACUCAAUGAUGAGUCCGCAGCGAACCAUUCGGGGCGAACCGUUCAGGACAUCACUAACUCAGACAAACACAUACACUCACAGACACACACAUACUCACACACGCAAAUUAUAAUUUUUUUAAAUUAAAAAAUGUCCACCCAGCCUCCCUACCUGGAGAGCUGGCAUGAACCUGUCCCUGGGGUCCAGUGGGGUGGGUGGAUGUCUUCAUAUCAGACGCGGCGAGGGAGCUAUGUUCUCUCUGCUCUCUCUCAUCGCGUGGGCAGUCUACUGAUGCCGGGAGCCGGAAUAUGAUGUCAUAUUACGGCUCCCGGCAUCAGCAAAUGGCGCGCGGCGAGAGUGAGCAGAAAGAACUCCCUCACCGCAUCUGAUAUGGAGACAGGCGCCUGCUGGGGGGGUGGGGUGGGUCCAUCAAACACUGCCCCCACAUGACAGGGGGAACACGGGGGCAUUUUUUGCCGCCCCUGAGUGCCUGCAGGAACAGCGGGAACGGCAUUCCUGCUGUAAAAAAAGUGCAUGAAUGACGUUCCCACGCGUUCCUGCAGGACUCAAGCCCAGGUUUUAAGUGUUAAACGCUUUCAGAUUGAUCAGUAUUGCUUCAAACCUAUGGAAGAGAGGAAACUCUCGAAAGCUUUUCUUUGAAAUAUUACAUUAGUCCAAUAAAAAAGGUAUCAUUGCAUACUGCAAAUAUUACGGGCUAGCCACUUGCUGGUAAAGCACAGAAACACAUGGUGUGUUGUCACAAUAACAAUUAGAUGGUCAGAAUUAUUAACUAAAUAAGAAUUCAAAGUGAAUUCCAAAUUUCAUUGUAGUAAUUAAAUCUUAAAUUUGAAAUUCACUUUGAAUUAGCACUAUAUUGAUAACCUUGUGUGUGAUUGCAUGAUGACAACCACACUUAGUGGUUAAAAAAAAAAAAAGCUCACACCACUAAGUAGGGAUGCUACAUCUUGUGACUGGUUUUAGUGGAGAAAGUCAUAGUGUAUACAAUGUCUGUAACUAUGAAUUUGUGCUAUGCUAGAUUCAUAUCUUUGUAAUUUUUUUAAGGAGGGUUACAGGGGGAGGGGAAAGAAAAAAGGUAAUACAAACUGUGUGUACCACAUUCCACUUAACAACAAUGUUGAAUACAAAAUUCCUCUCUACACUCUAGACCAGGGAUAGGCAACCUUUGGCACUCCAGAUGUUGUGGACUACAUCCCCCAUCCCUGGUAAAGCAUCAUGGGAGGUGUAGUCCAAAACAUCUGGAGUGCCGAAGGUUCCCAAUGCCUGCUCUAGACCGUAGACAUCUAACAUAUCUCUUAAUCUGUCUUAGGUCAGGAGCCCUCAGAUUACUCGGUGGUUAAACUCAAUGAGUGGGUAGAGAGUAGGUAGGAUGGGGGUUGUGGCUUUUUCCAUGCCCUAGCAAUGAUCAUAGCUGUAUAGGAACCGAAACUGUAAUUUUCCCUCUGUUCUUGUUCGUGCGUCAGUCUGCACCUUGUUUCUAAAACCUGGUUUAUUAUACCUUUCUACCAUCUUCCGAUGCUGCCUGAUUCUCCUACACUACCACCACACAUGGUACAUCGUGCCCACCUCUCUGUUACAUCUCGAACAUACAUUUGAAGUGCCUGGGAACAUAUUAGACAACCUUUCAGGGACCAUGUACCAUCUAUAUUGUAUCUUUUGAAUAGUCUCUAAAUGUGAUGCGCAAGUAGUUUUACCCCUUGGGGGACAUGAACGCUGUGCGCCAUAUCUGGUCUCCUAACGUGCAUCCCAGGUCUCUAUGCCAACCAUAAUGUCCUCUUCCCCAUCAUCUGCAUUUGUUAUCAGAUAGUUUAUAGUUGAGACAUGGGUUUCAGGAGUAGUUUUUGGGAUAAGCAAAGUUUGUCUAAGGUCAAUACCUCCUCAGCUUGUCUACUGCUGAUGGUUGCUUUGGAUAGAAAGGAUUUUAGCUGUAGGUACGAGAAUAUGGCUUGAUUCAGUAUUUUGUAUUUCACCUGGAGUUCUGGGAACGGUAUAAUUUUGUCGUUUUCCCAUACGUGGUGUAGGUGUGUGCAUCCCCUUGUCGCCUAUGUGGUCCAGUCAAAAGUUAGUAUCCCCGCCCUUAUGUCUUCCAGGGAUGUAAGUGUCAAAGUCAAUCCCUUUGAGCACAACAAGUCUCGGGUAGAGUCCCCUGUUUCAACAUGAGAGCUAUUGUUGGCAACAGAUGAGGGCCUUUUGGGGAUAACUGACAGGGGAGUCUAUAUAAGGGCUGUAUGCCUUGUUCACCUGCCCAAUGUGACUCUAUAUGCAUCUACCUGGGAGGUUCAGAGUCAAAGUUAGUGAUCGCUAUGGCCGACAAUAAAGCCGCCUUAUAAUAAAUUUUUACAUUCGGCAUUCCCAAACCGCCUCCCUUAAUAGGUCUCUGCAGUACUUUUGUCGCCACCCUCACCUCUUUGUUGGCCCAAAGCAGACAAAUGAUCUUUGGACCGCAGUUAUGUAUGAUUUUGGCAGGAAUAUUGGUAGGGUGCGCAGUAAAUAUUGCAACUUGGGAAGCACUGACAUUUUCACUGCGGCUAAUCUCCCCAGCCAGGAUAAAAGUUGACCUUCCCACCCCCUUAACGUGUCUGAGAUAUGUUAGAGCUGUUUCCAGUAGUUGCGUUUGAACAAGUGUGGUAAAUGUCGUAGUAUCUUAACACCUAGGAAUGUAAGGACAUCCGAUCUUCUGUCAAACGUGAAUGAGGUGCACAGUCUGUCUAGGAGGUCAGGUGGUAAUCCUAUGCCCAUAGCCUGUUUUUUUAAUCACAUUUAGCUUAUAAUAGCCAUUGUCUCCAUAUUCACAAAUCGUUUUGAUCAGAUUCGGUAGGGAUGUAUGAGGUUGAGUUAUGUCAGUAAUACGUAAUCUGCGCACAAGUUCACUUUGAAUUCCGUAUCUCCUAUCACCACUCCAUGUAUGGCGUUGUGGUUCCUGAUUUUCUCCACUAGUGGUUCUAGCGCCAAUACAUAAAGUAAGGGCGAAAGGGGGCACCCCCGACGCGUGCCAUUGGUGAUAUUGAAAGGCUGGGACGCAAAGCCGGCAUUCAACACCUGUGCUGCCGCUCUGUUGUAUAAGGCCCUGACAACCAAGAUGAAAACCCCUGGGAUCCCAAAUUUGUGGAGGACUGCUUUUAGGAAUUUCCAGCUCAAGCGGUCAAAGGUCUUUUCCGCAUCUAGCGUGAAGGCCACACUUUCACCCCCCUGUCUCUGUGUGGUGUGCAGGUUAUCCAAUACUUUUCUCGUGUUGUCGCCUCUCUGCCUUCCUUUCAUGAAACCUACUUGGUCAGUAUGUAUUAUGUGCAGCAAAAUCUUUCCUAGCCUUAAUGCGUAAAUUUAGCAAAAAGUUUUUCAUCAGUGUUCAAGAGUGAUAUGUGACGGAAAUUUGGGGGAUGGGUAUCUUUGUAAUGUUUAAGGUUAAUUUCUGCUAUGUGACUUGUCAGUUUAAUUGAAAGAUUUACUUCUAUAAAUAAUAUUUAUUUAUUUUUUUAUAUCCUGUGUCAAGUCGUCUUUUUCAUUUUAUUGCAGUGUGACAUGAUUUAAUAUGCUCUGGUACGUACUUUAGGGUUUCAAUGUCUUAUUGCUAUUGUAUUUUCUGAUCUAUGAUGCAUAGGGAGUUAGCCUCUUGCCCUUUGAAAAUAAUGGAAUUGCUAAGUUUUGAUGGUAAGUGGCAGCAAUAAUGACAAAAUUAGAAACCAGUUGUAGAUUAGUUGUUAAGUAGUGGUUAGUCAAUCCCAUUGAGAAUAAAGGAAGUCAUUAACCACUACUUAAGCAGUGGCAUCUGGUAACUCCCUGAAUCUGCUGGUAAAGUUUUGCAGUUUGUGAACAGCUAUUCGAGGGACUUGUUGUGAUGCUCGCAGAGUCCCUUAAAAAACAAACAAAAAAAAAACCAAAUAGUGAAGUUCUCAAAGCUCUCUUAAAUCAAAGAAUAUAUUUCUGGAAGUGCAAGUUGUUUAUGGAGAUUGGCUUGCUCUUUGAUCUCAUCUUCACACAUAUCACCUAAUGUGAUGAUUUACCCUACAGCAAUUCAUAGUAACUCAAAACUUGAUAUUGACCUUUUAUUAACAGGACCGAAAUUACAAGUUUGCUGAGCCUGCUAAGAUACAUUGACCGCUUUCAACUAAAAUGUUUUGAAUGUUUUUAUGGAUUCUGUAGCUGUGGUUUUUAAAAUGGUCAUUGGAACAUUUAGUUUUAAAAUGUUCUUUCUGGAAGACUUGGUGUGACUGAGUGGACAUUUGUGUAUUAAAGUGGAAUAGACCUUAGUGCCCUUAUCUUCUUGGAGCAUUACUCGGGGACAAAAGGUGUGUGUAUAUAUAUAUAUAUAUAUAUAUAUAUAUUAUUGCUCUCUAAAGCUACAAUGUUCUCAAUGGACUAGGAAUUAAAAAUUAUAGAUUCACAUUAAAGGGACUCUUUCACUUACCUAGUGUGGUUUAUUUAUUAAAACAUGAAUUGUGUAGAAUUGAUGAAGGAAUUGCAAAUUCCUAAAUUUAAAUUUUAAAUGAAAAUAGAUUAUAAAUAAAAAAUAAAAAAAACACAUGCCCAACUCCUUUUGUAGUUCUCUUGUCAAUCAUCUGCAGUCCCUGGCUUAGUGAAAGAAGCCACUGUGAAUGUUGUGCCUUACAAAAUUUUCUAUAUAUUGUGCGAUCAGAGUUGUCGAGUGUAAAGACUGGUAUGGCUCUCAGGAAUUCAAAAUUAAUUUAAAAUAUUUUCCCAAUUGUCAAACUUAAAGUAUAGCUAACAAAAGAAAUUCACCAGAACAAAGAAGAUUCGGGAUAUGGCUGUGUAAAUAGGAUGUCCAAACAAUAUACAGAAGAUAAAUGAUAUAAAAAGCAAUAGUACUUAGCUUAUAAAGACGUAUGACAGCCUCCCUAGGUCGCUACCCAAACAAGCGACCUAUAUCAUAUAUAGUAUUAACCAGAACAAAGAAGAUUCGGGAUAUGGCUGUGUAAAUAGGAUGAACAAAAGAAAUUCACCUGGAAUUCCAAAUAAUUUACACCUCUAAUGUGUAAACAGAGUACAAAGUAACUCAUGAUGAUGGUAGGACCCAUUUUUCUUGAUUUUGGGUCAUAGCUCCAGGCCAGAAUCCAGUUUGACUGUCACUUAUAGGGAGUCCUUCCUUCUUAGUUUUUUAAACUGGUGACCUACUUCUAGGAGGAAAGUGAAAAGUCACAGCUCAUGAAAAAGCGCAGCACGGUAUUAAUUAUAUUGGGUGUUUUUUAUAGCCCUUUAUGCAAGUGCUGGUCAAUGAGCAGACAAGGUUGUGGGUCAGUUUAUGGUGGACGAGCAUGUAUUUGCAAGUACCUUGAUGUCAUGUGCCCUCUGAUACUUUUGUCUUUUUCCUCUGUUCCCUCCUUCUGUCUGUAUUGGCUAAAAAGCUGCAUUGUCAUACAUUUCUAUCCCAUGUACUUGGCUUUAUGUUGUGAGUCAUUGAUUUCAAAGAUACCUGCCUAUGCUCUUACUGAUAAUUAUAUAUAGGGUCGUUCCCUAAAAUCUAAUUUGUAGUUUAUUUAAAUGAAUAGCAUAGUGUGUAGUAUAAACAUUUAAUUUCCAACCCCUCUGUAGUCACAACUUGGCUAUCCUAAAAUGUGACUUUUUGAUUAUUUCUCAUAAUUUAGAGUUUAGUGAAUAACAUUGUUAGAUCUUUAUUCCAAAGAGCUGAAUUAGACCGUGCAAUGGAUUUGAUAGGAUUACUUGCAUUUAUUAAUGAUACUAAAAACAAUUCUAUAAGAAUGCAAGAUGUUAUCUAACCUAGUAGCCCCAAUACUCACUUUGCUUUAGAAGAUUUCUGGCUUGCAGAGGCUUGGGGCAGGAAGCGUUGUUAAUCCACAUGUAUACACCUUAAAGAGUUACUCUAAGAACCAAGACCAAUUCAGUGUUUUGAAGUGAUCAUGGUGCUUGAAGUCUGCAUUUGCAGCAUUUCAGUUUGUAACCCUGCACAUACAGAGAAACUUAGGUUAGCUGCCUAAGGUGUAACUCCACCUCUGGCAGCAUCAUUAGCAAACCCAAAACGAGAGUUCUGUGCAUAUUUCUUUGCACAAUCUCUCGUUUGUUGGAUGAGCGCAUUCAGUUGACACAAUCAGCCAAUGUAUGAAUGGCAAGAUUGGCAUCCAGCUUUUGCAGCUGUGGUGGGAGCCUUGACGCCUGGUGGGGCUCAGAUAGGAACCAAACCAUUGCUAGGCAAUGGUGCCCGGAACUCCUAACAUAACUGCUACAGCAGGCUGAAGUGUUUAUGAUGCUUGGAGUUACCCUUUAAUCUACCUCCAUACAAAUAUAAUAUGGAAAUAAUUCAAGAGCAAUUACAGUACCUAAUACUAAAACCCUCUAUGAAAAAAUUGAUAUCAGAUUUGUUCUUGAUACCCUGGAAUUUACACUUUGUUUGAAAUUAAAGAACAUGUAAGUUCUUUGUCAUAAAUACCUCAUUUCAGUAGACUACUGAUAGUCAGAUGAUGAAUAAUGAGCCGGCACGGACAAAUUAAGGUAAAUCUACUUUUGAGUCCUAUGGGUUUUAUUUCCUUCUCCGUUUAUUACCUUUGAAUUAUUUUAAACAGAGAUGAAAUGAUUGUUUUAUGAAGGACAGGGACAUGUUCCUUUGCUCUUUUAAUUGGUAAUAAGGUUUGCAUCAAAAGCACAAAUUUUACCAAUAAAAGUGUCAGAUCGACUUAGGCCUUUGAUUUGGAAUGACCGAAAAUACUAAAACCAUGUUCAGAAAGUCGGAUUAGUUAUACAAAUGCAUUCUAGGGUAACUUUUGCUAUUAAAAAAAAAAAAAAAGUUUUUUUUAAAAGUUUCCUCUAGUCUCAUAUCUGUCUGUCUUUUUGUAAUAAAUGCUUAUUUUUUAAUAUAAUUUUUUUUUUUUUGUAGUCAAAUGUAUUAAUAAUGUUUCAAACCACAUCUUUCAAAUAGGGAACCACAGGUGCAAAGUAAAGUCACAAUGAUUUCAUAGAGUGCAGUAGCAUCUGACCUGUUAAUUACAAAAUGUAAAGAAUUAUAAUUCAAUUCCAAUUCCAGAACAUAAGGACAAUAUGUUUGCUCAUUUGAACAAUGUGCUAUGAGUAUUAUUUAAUUAAGAUCUGGGGUGCAGCUGUUUUCUGGAAAACCUGUUUCAAAUAACAAAUCUUGCAGCACUAGAUGGUUCAAAUUUUUUUUCCCCCUAGCUUUUUUUUCAAGAUGCCAGGUGUGAACAACAAAUUCUAAUCACUGUAUAACUGCAAAAAAUCCAACAGCGGUGUACAAUAAUAGAUAUGUCGGUGCCAAAAAUAUUUAAAUGUAACAAACUAAUUAAACACGCUCCAUAAGAAAGGUGAAAAGAUCAUUUCUCCAAGGUGCUGCCUUUUAAUUUAAUUUGGAGUUGAAGGGUUAUUUCUUUGCUGAAAUCAUGUUGUGUGAAAAGGCACAUUUUGUCUUUUUUGUUUAUUUCAAUCAGAUGUCAUCAAAAAGAAAAGCGAACCUUUUGUUAAUUGUGUGGUGUCAGCCCUUUCAGUUGCAGAUAAUACACACUCGUCUAUGGUCUAAUCAUUUUUCACAAAUAUAGUAAGAACAAUCUUCCCUGCACCUAAAUAAAUAAAUAAAUCGAGAAUAUGUGUAUAAAAUAAAUUAAUAUAUAUUUAUAUAUAUAUAUAAACAAUAAAAUAUAGUAUAGUGUUGGGGGACUCGGGAGCACAAUAAAACCCACUCCAGAACACGAAAAUUAAAGUAGGGGAAAGAAAACCAUAAAAUAAGUCUGCACCCUACAAUUCAUAAUCAAAUAACUCUUGGAAUUUGAAAUGGCGACUAAUGGACACUUUCUUUCUAAGGUUGUAGGUGAAGAUAUUUUAAGUGACUUUAUGACCUUGUUAAAACCAUUUAUGCUUCAAUGUUGGAGUGGCUUAAAUGUAUAGGUCAGAAAAUUACAGAUACAGUCAUUUUAUGUUAAACUAUAAGUUGAGGAAAGAGUAAUUUGAAAAAGCACAACUUAAAAAAAUAAAUUAAAAAAAGCAGAAUUAUCCACACCGCCACCUGUUUUACACCAGAUUCUCUUCAUGAUGUCUGUCUCCUGUCGGAUAUUGAACUAUGUACCAUUGUGAAUUGGUAAUAUAUGUACCAUUUCAUGAGUGAGUAGGCAAAAGACAUUUCUUUUAUUUCUUAUGGGAUUCAUAUUAAACUGUAGGUUAUAAAUGAAUGGCACAAUCAUAAAACAAAACCUAGAAACGAAGAAAAAAAUGAAAUGCAGGUGGUAUAGCUGCCCAUUCGCCUUGGAAAAAUGUCUCCAGGUCGUGCAAAGUCUUUGGUCUACUUGCAUGAACUGCACGUUUGAGAUCUCCCCGAGAGUGGUUCGAUGAUAUUAAGGUCAGGAGACUGUGAAGGGCACUCCAGAACCUUCACCUUUUUCUGCUGUAACCACUGGAGGGUCAACUAAGCCUUGUGCUUCAGGUCAUGCUGAAAAGUCCAAGAGUGUCCCAUGAGCAGCAUUCGUGCAGAAGAAUGCAAAUUGUCUGCCAGUAUUUUCUGAUAACAUGCUGCAUUCAUCUUGCCAUCAAUUUUCGCAAGAUUACCUGUGCCCUUAGAGCUCACACCACCUCAAAACAUCAGUGAGCCACCACCAUGCUUCACAGUGGGGAUGGAGAACCAUACCAGUCUUUACACUCGACAACUCUGUUUGCACAAUAUAUAGAAAACUUUUCACUAUAGGUCUUGUUGAUCCCUCUCCAAAGAUGGCGCUUGUGGUUGUGAACUUAAAGCUCUAUUUUGGUCUCAUCACUCCAAAUUACAGUGUACCAUGUGUUGAGAGUACAGCAGUGACAUCCGUUCCGAAAAUUACCCACAGGAUUAAGAUGACAAAGUCUGCGAAGGACAGGAUAACUUAAAGGGACUUUCCAGUUCCAGGAAAACAAUCCGUUUUCCUUGCACUGCAGGUCCCCACUCCAUCCCACCUCCCAAUCCCUGGUUGCUGAAGGGGUGAAAACCCCUUCAGUCUCUUACCUGAGACCCCCGCCAAUGUCCCCCGGCGGUGGGUUCGGGUCGCCGCCGCUCCUCCUCUUCAUUACGUCGGCCGGUGGACGAGACUGAUCCGGCCGGCCGGGGAGACCUAAUGUGCGGCAUGCACAUUAGAGCUCUCCAUAGGAAAGAAUUGAAAAUGCUUUUCAAUGCUUUCCUAUGGGGAAUUGAGCGAUGCUGGAGGUCCUCACACAGCGUGAGGACGUCCAUCGACGCUCUAGCACAGAAAAUCGGUGCUAUAGACAUGGAAGUGCCCUCUAGUGGCUGUGUAGUAGACAGCCACUAGAGGUGGAGUUAACCCUGCAAGGUAAUUAUUGCAGUUUAUAAAAAACUUCAAUAAUUACAUUUGCAGGGUUAAGGCUAGUGGGAGUUGGCACCCAGACUACUCCAAUGGUGCGGAAGUGGUCUGGGUGCCUGGAGUGUCCCUUUAAGUAAACCUCACCUUUACCUGUCCCCCUGGCAACUGGACCCCACCAGCGGCAAUGUCACUGUUGCGGUGACAGUGUCGCUUUGAGGAUAACCCAUAGUAAGUAAGAAACGUUUGAUGAAUGAUGCGUUUAUCAUAUGACAAAACCAUUCACGCUGGUUGCCUGUCUAGCUACGUAGCCUGUAAGAAAAUGUGCAUUAAUUAACCCACAAACUAUCCCUGGUGGGUAACUGGACCUAAGAGAAUGUAACUUUUCUUUUUAGUACAGAGUGCUUUUUUAAUAAACAAAAAAAAACAAAAAAACAAAAACAAACGCUUCCUCUCAUUGCUUGAGUGGCUCAGAGACACCUACAUGUCACUCAUGGCCAAUUUAAAGCACAAAGAGAUAAGUGAGCAUGUGCCCAUGUAUGAAAUUCCAAGAGUGUGUUAUAAUUUUAAUUAGUUAUUCAUUGUGGCCGGAGACUGGAUCUUUCUUACACAGCCCUGUAGAACAUACGUCCUUUUAUUUAAGUUACUUCUUGUUAAAGGAGACAUAUUGUCAACCUAGUUUACUAACUUUUGAAAAGUUUCUAUUUAAUUACAUUUGACAUGGGAUCAUCUUUGCUACAAUUCUGUGAAAAUAUCUAAUGGCAUAUAAUUAUGCCAGAAGCCGAAAAUGCUAGUACUGGCUGAAGUCUGAAAAGGUGAUCCUUAAAGACAAUAAAUAUUUAGACAUAAAGCACAGAAUAUAUUCUAGAGAUGGUAAGUGGACUACAUGCAAAUGUAUUAGUUUUGGAUUUCUAGAAAAUGAACUAUAUAUAAUAUAUAAACCGAAAAUGUAUUUUAAGUUAUUAACAGCUGGAGAAGAGAACCAUUUGUAUUCCCAUGACCCAAUGUCCCAUGUCAUAUAAUGUCUCUGUCAUUAAUAGCCCGAGGUUAAGAGGUACUCUCAAACCACUUCUACUCCUAUAACUCUAAAACUACAUGACAUCUUAACCUUUAUAAAAACUGCUUCCAGUCAGCAUGUAAAAAAACACCCAAAUCUUAUUUGACCUUUACAAUUUGGUACAGUUUUAGCAAAAGACAGAAAAAAAUGACGUUACAACAAAUUGUUUUUCAGCAAUGGCCUUUUAAAAAUGUUCAUGAACUGUAUUUGCCUUCCCUAUAUUGCUUAAAACCAAUUAUUAAUCAUGAAAGAAAAACACCUCAAAUAUUUGUGAUCAGUUGAUUUAUUAUUAUAAUAAAUAUUUUAUUUCCCCCUGUGCCGGUGACAUUUAAAACUGUUUUAUUGAAAUAUAAAUUAAAUUUGUAUAUACUUUGCAUUAUUGUACUUUUUAAAAAUAGAAAGUGCAGGUAAAAUUAUUGCCUGCUGGUAUAUGUGCGCGCUUUAUCAAGCAUCAGAAUAAAAAUUAGAAAAUAACAAAUUACUUCGAUACAUAUCACAGGGAGCCAAAAAAUAAAAUAUAUGCCCAUUCAAAACGUGAUAGACUAAAAUUAAGACUAUAUGAAUUGACACAAAUUCUAUUGAAAUUUUGUCAAAAAAAAAUCCUAUUAAAGAAACCAAAGCAUAGUGGUUUUGAUCCUGAAAAAAGCCAAAAACCUUAAAGUCUUCUAACUUCUUUUACAAUGAGGAGAGGUGAAUGUAGAUCCAGCGCAAUAGCAUUCGCUAUAUUGAUUAAAUAAAAGUCAUUAGUUGUAUUCUUUUUUUUUUUUUUACUUGAACGAGAUAAUGUUGUAAUAAAACUGAGAUAGAUGACACCUACAAAAAGCCACCAGCAAUGUGAGAUAUUAUCUUAAUAUUUCACUAAAAGAUUCCUUCCUUGAGCAAAUGUUUUAUAUAUAUAUGCAAAGCAUCCCCAACACAUUAUGGAAUUAGAAGGGCAGAUAGAGCUUUUGGGAUAGCAGAUGUUCUAUUUCAUGAAUUGGUUUAUAAAUAGUUAAUCUCAAAUGACCAUUUGUAAGACAAUGUUCCGAAUGUUCCACUGCAUGAUGUAUAGUAAUUCUCAGAUCAUGACUGUUUAGUCACCAUAUCUUAAUCAAAUAAUAAGCUCGUUAUUUGUUGGGUGUGGACAUUGACAUAGUUUUUGUUAAAUAUAAUUCAUUGUAACUUUGUUUUAUUUUGAUCUGCCGGCCUAAGGAAUAGCAGACGGUAACCAGUUCACUACCCAGUUCGCUACAAGUUCUAAAUUCCUGUAAAAUCUUCAGCCACCCAGGAUUCCACUCCCCUAACUAGCUAGCAUGAGAGCGAUAUUGUUGCCUCCAUAUUGGUUUGCACUGGAGCUAUAAACAGACAUUGUUAUGACAAUAAACAUGCAAGAAAAAAACAUGGAACGGGUGAGACAGUUUGUGGAGCUUAAAUUGUCUAAAAAAACAACUCCUGAAUAAUCAUUCCACAUGGCAUAUUCAAACAAACUUGCAGCAUACUAUACUGCCCAAUUUAAACACUAUUAACCCUUAAUAGCUGGCUUAGUAUCUGAUAGUGCUCAACCAAUGAGCUAAGCCUAGCAUCACUCACUGUUGGAAGUAGUGGAAUCAGGAAGCAUGCAGACAUCGGGUAAAAAGUCAACUCGUUUAUAAAAUGGUUUGACUACUUACAAUGGGGGUUGCCAGGGCACUGUUUCUUUAAAUAUAUUGUAAGGGCAAUUAAUUGCCAUAGAAACAAAAUAAGACUGGCAUGAAAUGAUCAUGUGAUUCAAGCGUGAUAUAUAGUCAUAUAAUCAUCAUGAGACAAUCAUAACAAAUAUAUCACCUCAAUCUUAUCAAGUUACAUGUACUUUUAUUUAUUUUUUCAUGUGUACUUGGUUUAAGCUUAUAAUGUCUGUUUGUAGUAGUUAAAUCUCUAUUUAUCUUUUGAAUUUUAUAUAUUCACAAAUAAUUUACACUGGAAGUUAUCAUUGCAAUCUGUGUUUUCCACUGAUCAGUUACGCGUGAGAACUUGAUGUGAUUGUAAAUAGUGUGGUUUAAAUUAUUAAAUUGUAAGACACAGAAUAAAGAGUGGAGAAAGCUUAAAGGAACUCUAUAGGCAGGAAUUGCAGUUCAGGUCCCCAGUUCCUGUCUCCAUGGAGAUGAAAGGUUUAAAACUUACGUUUUGAUUUUUGAAUCUGAAUGAUCUCAGCCAAUCCAACGCUUUCCCAUAGGAAAGCAUUGGAAAGCUAUGGUGCAUGUGUAGCAAAACGUUGUGCCAAUAAACCUCUCCUCAUAGAGAUGCACUGAAUCAAUGCAUCUCUAUGGAGAACGUUCAAUGUAUCCACUCUCUGCAUGGAGAUGCUGAACACCAGUGCUACACACUGUGCAGCAUUGACCCAGGAAGCACCUCUAGUUGCCGUCCUGAGUAACUGCAACUAGAGGUGUAAAUAGGCACCAAUGUAAACCCUGCCUUUUCUCUGAAUAUGCAGCAUUUAUUGCAUGUUUCUGCAGUUUUAGCACUGUAGACACCAGAACUACUACAUUAAGUAAUGGUUAUGGUGACUACAGUGUCUCUUUAAAUAGAGGACAGCUAAUAGACCGAUAUACAUAGAAAGAAGCUGAUUUAGAGGUUGGCGCUUAAUUUGGAAGGAACAUAGAACGAAGAAUGUAAUAUACAUUGGGGAAUGUGAUGAAAGGGGGAGAGUAGGGGAAAUAGAGAAAAGAAUGGUCUUAAAUGGGAACAGUGGACAGUGAAGUUGUAAACACAGGGCAAAGUUGAGAAAAGGGUAAAUUAAAAUGGCAUCAAAAAUGUUUUAUAGAUUGUUCAAGGUUUAAUAGUUUGUUUUGUUUUUUGAAGAUUGGACAAUAAAGUUAUACAAUAACCAAUCAAUUAAAAAGAAUAAUCACCCCACCUAAAACAUGUCUUGUUUUUAAUUGAAUCCAAACAGAACUGUAACAUUGGGAUAGAUUAAUGUAUUUUCUAACAUGAAAUUCUACUGGCAAUAAAAAUAUAUUUAUACCAACAAUAUCAAUCCUUAUGUUUUUAUAGCAUAAAUCAUAGCAUCUCAGGUGGGUCCUACGCUAACAUUUCACCCUGCUUCCUUGAGCUUCUGGCAAAUAUAUCUCUAAUGAGACAGACAAGGGUAAGGGGGGCUGAUGUGUACUAUGGAGUAAUGGACAGGGCCGCCAUCAGGGCAUGACAACCAUAACGGUUGACACUGGCCCGGAGGUCCUGGGGGGCCUGGACUGCUCUGGCAGUCCCGGGCCCCACUUUCCCUCUCUGCAUACAUAGAUAGCGAAUAUCGCUAUAUAUGUGUGCAGCCGCGGGCCCCCGGCUCCCUGUUACCGCAGAGGGGGCCCAGCAGACUGUCUCUACUCUUCUCUCCUCUCUUCUAAUAACUCUUGCGAUACCCGCGGCCUUCUGAGCGUUGCCAUGGCAACGCUCCGCGCGGCAAGCAGGCCGCGGGUAUCGCGUGAGUUAGUAGAAGAGAGGAGAACAGGCAGUGUGCUGGGCCCCCUCUGCGUUAACAGGGAGCCGGGGUGUCCCCCAUGCCCCUGGACCACCAGGGAUGGAAUCUCCCCUCUCUCUGGACACAGGUAAGAAGCAGGGAGGGGGGAGAAACAUUUAAUUAAAUUAAUAUAAAAUUAAAAAAUGAAUGUGAAAAUGCCCCUUCCUCUCCUCCCCCAGAUUGCACAUUUACACACACUGCAUACACUAACAUGAACACAACACACACACUGCAUACACGAACAACACACACACACUGCAUACACUAACACAACACACACAAUGCAUACACUAACACAACACACACAAUGCAUACACUAAUACAACACACACUGCAUACACUAAUACAACACACACACUGCAUACACUAACACAACACACACACUGCAUACACUAAUACAACACACACUGCAUACACUAACAACACACACACUGCAUACACGAAUACAACACACACACACUGCAUACACUAACACAACACACACACACUGCAUACACUAAUACAACACACACUGCAUACAUUAAUACAACAUACACUGCAUAUACUAAUACAACACACGCACUGCAUACACUAACACAACACACACACUGCAUACACUAAUACAACACACACUCUGUAUACACCAAUACAACACACACACUGCAUACACUAACACACACUCUGAAUUCACUACAAUAACACACACUCUGCAUUAACUGUACACACAGCAUCCACUACAAAAACAUCCUGUAUUCACAGUACACACACUACAUCCACCACAAAUUGAAACACUCUGCAUUCACUAUACACAGACACUGCGUCUAAUACACACACUACAUCCACUACAGACACUGCAUCCACUAAACACAUUUCAUCUAGUACACACAAACACCACAUCCACUACACAAACACACACAUCACUGUACACACACUACAUCCACUACUCAAACACACUUUGCGUUCACUAUACACACUGCAUCCGCUACACAAACACACACUCUGCAUUCACUGCACAAACAGUAUCUAAUACACACAGACACUAUAUCCAUUACACACAUUCUAAUUCACUUCCACUAUACACACAACAUUCAGUCCUGCAUCAUUGUCAGCGGACUAGGUAGGGCGUGGGCGGGCCCGGGGGGAGAAGGGGGAUGGAGGGGGAUGGUGUGAGGAAAGGGGAGGGGGGGGUGCAGGGGGGAGGUGGGCCCAGACCUUGUGCUUUGUCAGAGGCCCCAAAAUUUCUGAUGGCGGCCCUGGUGAUGGGACUUGUUUUUUUGUAUUUAUAAGUCAUAGCAUGCGAGCUCGGCUCCAUGCCCCCCCUCUUGUGAUAGUCAUAUACAAACAAAAGACAACAGAGAUUAUUACUGCCAUUCUCACAAACAUUCCAGUGAAGGAGUUAAGCACAUAUGCAAAGAACAAAUGAAAAUUUUAUAUUUUGAGCAUUGGCAAAUUUUAAUUAUAAAAUCCCAUUUACUUGACAUUUAAAUAUAAUCUACUAUUUAGCCACCAUAUCCUUAUUAUCACAUGUGGCCAAAGCAUGUCUAAACUAUUAGAGCAAAAAUGAAUUACCAUGCAGCUGUGUAAAUCUCUUUCAAAAUGAAACACUGUCUACACUCUAUUCUCCAGCGAUUUGUAAUAUCCUGACAAUGAGUUUAAUUAUUUCUGAAAUGGACAAUUGCGAUUUGAGGGAAAUUCUUAGAAUUACAUUAGAACUUCUCUGGGAUUGCGCAAUUUUAGCUAAAAAAUAAAAUAAGGAGAAAUGUUGCAGUGUGUUGUUCCUUUGCAGUCACAUGAAGUCUGGGACCCCUCUGAUAAAUAUAUUGCACUGUUCUCUUACUGAACUCCGAUAAUAACAGCUGCGGCAAUUGGGGAAAAAAAUUCCUGGAAAUAAAAACAAUAAAUGUAUUGUUGGUAUGAAUUCAUAAAACAGAUUUAUUUCAUUACAUAUAACUGAGAAUUUUAUUUUAUCAAUAUAGGAAUUUAGAGCCGGUAAAUUAUCUUGUGUGUAGCGUCUGAAAAGAAAUCUGUAGGUAUUAAACUUUUACCAGACUGCCUUUAUUCUGAGCUUUAAUAGUUUUUUGCUUGCCUGUUCUUGAUGUUCAUAACUUUAGGUAUGCAGAUUUUACUUUACAAUGAAGAACUCUAAUAAAACACACUGUUUUGUGUUAAAGGUGUGUGUGUGUAGUUUUUAUCUUUCAUGACACUGUAAGAACACAAGUUGUAGUGCUGGUCUUUGUAUAAAAAAAACAAAAACAUUAAUUUCAUUGCACUUUAAUAUUUAUAUUAUUUUUCAUCACCGCCAAAAACUAUAAUAUUUGUAAAUUUUUUUUUUUUUUUUUAAUCCUACAAUGCAUUUAUUUCAAUUAAUUAAUGUGUAUGUUAGACACCGCACAAAGAAAAAUUCCUUUGCUACUUUCUACAAUCAAUGAAUAGCAAUACAAUAGUUCCAUCAAGUUUACUAUCCUAGGGUGGUUACAGUAUUUUAGCCAUUUGCUAUCUGAGGCAGCACUAAAAAUGUUGAACCUAUAUAUAUUUCAGCUGGCAAUAACAAACAAAAAAAAAAGAUAGUUCUUGGGAACAACAGUCUCACAGUCCUUGAUUCAUUGAUUUAAUUAAUAUUACUUAUGAUAUUUAAAGGACUACCCUAAGCACCAAGUGGUCAUGGUGGUAGGAGUCCACAUGUGCAACCUUUAUACUUGAAAAUGUGCACGUAUGAUCACAAGGCCACCUAAGACGUUCCUAAUUUGCAAAGAUUGGCUACAAAAACUAGAACUAUACAAUUAAUAUUUGCUCUAAUGCCCCGUUGCGUGAACAAAUGAAAUAUAGAAUUAUAAUAAUCUUAACUCGCUACUCCAAAUACCUGUGAUUAGUUUCUCCUGGCUCUGGAUGGUUUAUGUUGUUUGUGUUUGUAUUGUUUUUUAGAUGUAAUAAUGGUGUCAUCACACAGUAUCUUAGUUUGGAUAAUUUGCUCUAUGCGCUGUUGUUUGUUUUUACAUAUCGAAGGUCAGUGUAUGGUCUUUUAGAUGUGUUAAAAAAUAAUAAAGUUAUUACCGUAUAUUCUCGAGUAUAAAUCAACCCGAAUAUAAGUCUAGCCCCCUAAUUUUAUCCCAAACUGGGAAAACGUAUUGACUCGAGUAUAAGACUAGGGUGGGAAAUGCAGCAGCUACUGGUAAAUUUCUAAAUAAAAUUAGAUCCCAAAAAAAUUACAUUAUUUAUUUUACAUGUAAUGAAUGUAGUGUGUGUGUGUAUAUAAUGUAGUGUGUGUGUGUGUGUAGUGUGUGUGUGUGUGUAUGAAUGCAGUGUGUGUGUGUGUAUGAAUAAAGUGUGUGUGAUGCAGAGUGUGUAACCUUGGUGGGGGGGUGGGCAUUUUUAUUAAUUUUUUUAUUAUUAUUUUAAUAUUAAAUUCUGUGUUUUUUUUAAAUAUUAUUUUUAUUUUAAUAUUUUUUUUUAUUAUAUUAUUAUUUAAAUUUGUAUUUAUCAUUUUUUGCCCCCCCUCCCUGCUUGAUACAUGGCCAGGGAGGGGGAUCUCAACCUUGGUGGUCCAGUGGCAUGGGCUGUCAGGGGGGCUGGCAGGGGGGCUGGCAGAGAGCUGUUACCUUUCCUGCAGCUCUUGUCAGCUCCCUUCACCUCUGUGCCGGUCAGCUCCCUUCUCCUCCACUGUAAGUCUCACGGAGCGUUGCCACUGUAACCCGUGGCAACGCUCUUACCCCGCGGCUCCCGUGAGACUUACAGUGGAGGAGAAGGGAGCUGACCGGCACGGAGGUGAAGGGAGCUGACAGGAGCUGCAGGAAAGGUAAGUAAACGCUUUCUGCCAGCCCCCAACAGGACCGCCGGGCUUGUAAUGAGCCCGGCAGUCCUGGUCUGUAUUACGGCCACGUAAGUUGCCAUAAUACAGACAGUGACUCGCGUAUAAGACGAGUGGGUGUUUUUCAGCACAAAAUAUGUGCCAAAAAACUUGUCUUAUACUCGAGUAUAUACGGUAAUUUUUUUUUAAAAAAGGAAAAGUUUCACAUACUGAAAUAUUACCUUUUUAUACUGGUGGCUAGUUGACUAGUUGCACCCCUGGCAUAGUGACGUGGGCUGCCUAAUGUGAAUUCUAUGCAUAUAUUACUUCUGUCACAACAAUCCUUCCUUUCUCUGUGUCUGAGCUUUCAGCUGAUUUUAAUGAUCAGCUCCUUCAUUAAUGUUGCCUCGGUUACUUACAAGAUUGUAGUAACCAGCCCUGCUGCUAAUCAGUGCAGCCUAUUUAAGCAGCAAGUUCCAGUACCUCCUUGCCCUUGCAUGGUUUCCGGUUUCCCAGAAGGCUCCCUGUUUCCUAAAUUCUGGCCUUGUUCCUGACUCCGCUGCUGUCCAUUCUCCUGAUCCUGGCUAGUCUGACUACCCACUCUGCUGCCUGAUCCCUGCUUGUUUCCUGGACUUUGCUUUUGGUUAUUUCUUUAUUUUCUAUUUAUAAUAAAGGUGUUUUGCAUCUAGUUCUGUCUCUGUCUGGUUCCUGGUCCCUAACAUUAUAUAAGGGCCAUGAAUACAGAUGGUACAGGCAAUCCACCUAUACCUAACCCAUUUACUCGGUGGGACCAGCAGAACCACCGUUUGGACCAGUGUGCGCAUGCAUUCCAGACCCUCCUGAUUCGUACUGCACAUCUGGAUCCAGCACUCGACCAGCCUGCGACUGUGGCCGCUCUGCCUCACUUCCUGUUCUAGCACCGGUUGUAGCCUCUGAAACUGUUGCGGCUAGAGGAAUGACUGGGUCUGUCUCGCUUCCUCAGUAUUUUGGGGGCAACCCAGCUCAGUGCAGAGGAUUUUUAAACCAGGUUGGAGGAUACUUUGAAAUGGUUCCCCAGGCAUUUCUUACUGACAGAAGCAAAGUUGGAUUCAUGGUUUCUUUGCUGUCUGAUAAAGCUGUAGCUUGGGCAAAUCCUCCCUGGGAGGCAGAGAGACCCUUUAUGUACAAUUACCCUGAAUUUGAGGUGUCCUUUAAGAGGGUAUUUGAUAUUCCAGCUCACUCCCCCUCUGCUGCCAAACAAUCCAUGUCUAAUGCACAGGGCACGAGAACAAUUGUUGGCAUUCCAGUUUAUUCCAUACCCUGGCAGCAGAGGGUGGCUGGAACAACGAGACUCUCGUGGCUGCCUUUUCACAUGGGCUCUCCAAUGAUAUUAAGGAUGAGAUUGCAGCCAGAGAAUUACCUAAAGAUCUAGAGAAACUGAUAUCCUUUGUUAUCCUUCUUGAUAUCAGACUCCGAGAGAGAUCCUCAUUCAGGGAGCGCCAAGCUUUUCUUCCCCAGCCAAGCCUCCCUCACCUCCCAUGCCUCCUGGUCCUGAGUCCUGUGGCGGUGUGGAGCCAAGGCGGUUAGGCUUCUCACGCCUCUGUCGAGGAGAGGGCCAUUAGGAGGAGGGAAGGCCUGUGCCUAUGCUCGGACACCAGGGUCACCUUUUUAAGUCUUGCCUGAAUCGUCCAUUAAAAUGCAAUGCAUUCGUCCAGGAAAAUGCAGGGACAGACCUUGGGUGGCCUUUCCGCAUCCCCAGAGAUCUAUAAAGACAAACCCUUGGUUCCUAUUGUCCUCUCCUGGCCUGAUUAUCCGUUAAUAUCCAGGCAUUACUCGAUUCUGAGGCUGCAGGCUUGUUUAUAGACAGUGCCUUUGCAUCAGAGCACGCUAUACCCUUACAGCCUUGCAUCGCUCUGCUAGCGUUCGAAGCCAUCGAUGGCAGACCACUACAGCCUACCCACGGAAGUCAUGAGACCGUGCCCAUACCAUCUAACCUGACUACCCGCUCUGGUGCCUGAUCCCUGCUUGCUUCCUUCACUUUGCUUCUGGUUAUUUCUUUAUUUGCUAUUUAUAAUAAAGGAGUUUUAUUUAUGUGGACCUAUGAUAAUAGGAAAAAGGCAAAUUAGCCACAUGACUUAGAAUAAGGUUUUAUAUUCCAUUAAUCGAAUUUCGUACCAUGACAACUCACUAAUUUCAUUUUCAAUGAGGAUGGCUCCAGAGGGAUUUAUAAAAGAUAUAACAGUUUAUGUAUAUGUCAAAUAUUUUUGUAUCUUUUUAUAAGCACCACAAUCUCACAUGUACCAGACUGACCAUUUUUAUAGUGGACACGUGCAAUCUGUGUACAUCUUAUUGAAGAUCUGUGCCCUAUCCCUCAAUCCAAAGGCCCAUGACAAUCACAGACAUAAAGCCCCAUCAAAUCAUGUGCUGAACAGCUCAGGAUAUAAAUGUCAUAUGAUUUCCCAUUUUAAUCUGUAAGUAAAACUAAUAUUCAAACAAGAAUGAGAAUGUGGAAUUUCAGAAGGCAAUCUUUAUGUAUUAUUAAUAUGCAGUUUUCUUUCAAAUCUAGGUGAGAAAUGUCAUUAUUGGAAGUACAGAAUAGCUUUUCUUGGAGUCAUAUUAAAAAUGGUACUUUUUAUUAUUGCAAACACUACUGCCGUAGAUUUAAAAUAUAUGUAAUUUUUCAUCUUAAAGAAUUGCACUGCAGUUCAUAAAUUCAGCAUGAAAUAGCCUGAACUUUAUACCUUCGUUUAAUGAAGCUCUCAUGGUAUAAAACUAGCAAUGUAAUGGAUGAGUUCCCUUGUUUAAAACUCAGCCAUGCAGUGCUGCUGCUUUAAACAAUUAUAAUUUUGUUUACAGCUUUGGAUGAAACCCCAGUUCCCAUUUUGAGAAAUUGUAUUCUCAGCUCACGGACCUUCCAGUACUGUGCAUGUAUAGUUAUAAAAGAAAAUCAAAAUGGAUGACAGAUCACUCAAUUCCACCAAUACACUGGGGAAAAUAAAAAAAUAAAAUAUACAGGUAUUUACAACGUGUGCGGUAAAUUACGAUUUUCCUUAAAAUGUAUUUUUGUCAGCAUUUUACUUAAUCCUAUUAAUAGAGUACUAAAUGGCAUGAUACUAUACAUGUUUUGAUCCACAUAGAACCCAAUGUACUUUAAUGUUUUUUUGCAGGUUUUUAUGACUGACCUAUGUAAGCGGCUUUCUUAAUUGGGGCGAUCUUUGUGCAGGAAGCUGCAUAGCCUGGGGAUUUACAUGAAAAACAAUGAAACAUUUUUGAUUUCUUUUUUAAAAGAUUUUUUUUAAAUGUAUUAAUUGCAUAUUUUAAACGUUGAUUUAGAAGAGUGUCAGCUCUGGGUGCCACAUUUGUUUUCUAUAGACUGUAAAUUGUAGAGGUUUUAAUUACUUUUAUACAAGGUUACUAGUGUGACCCUAUUGAGUUUGGAUAAAGUAACUGAAUGUAGGUUGUGCUCCUAAGAUGUAAAUUCAAUUGAGGCCUGGAAUUUUGUUACUCCUGCGCAAUAAAAGGAAAGGAAAAGCUGGAGGAAUUAAGAAACACUUCAAAAACCUAAAACACUUUAACUUGGUAAUGUGCUUUGUGUGUGCAGAGUGCGUUUUUUUUUCUUCUUCUUCAUGUUAUAAAAAGUUCAGAUUUCAAUAGAAAUUGACAUGUUGAUAAAUUAAUUUUGUUAUACCCCACUGGCUGUCAAUCAAUGGCUGGUCCAAUUAUUUCCUUGGUUGUUGAGCUCAGUGGAGCUUAACUUGAGAGGCAGCAGUUUGUCCAGAGCACCUGCUUUGCAAACACUUUUUAUUGAGCUGCAUUGGGCAGUCUAUGAUUAGACAGCUACAUAAAAUCUGGGCAGUGGAAGAUGGGAGGGCUUACAAAUAAGGUAAAUAGAGAUCUGCUGCUUUUGCAAGCUGCUUAGAUAUACCACCAAUGUAUUAUAUUAUAUGACUACUCUUUAUAUUACCACUUUAUACAUGUUUGCAAGCAUUUCUGAAAUGAACUGUAGAGUAGGGGAAAGAGUUACAGAACAUUCUAAUUUUCUAUAGACUACUAGACAUGUACAAUUAAUUUCAUUCCGAAUGUAUAUUCGGAAGAAAUUCGUUACAUUUGGACAUUCGGGGGCAAAACAAGUGGUUAGGGUCCAAAUCGCUGUACUUCCAAAGUGCCGAACCAAACCGAAUGCCAUUGGUCCAAAUUGCCAAAGCAGACGCAUUUUGUUGCUUACCCGAAUUUCCGAACCCAACCAAAUUCUUUGUCCAUGCAGAUCUCUGUAGACUACCAAAUGCAUGUAAAUGCAUUGUAUGUAACCAUUUAUCAGAUAAAACCUUGGUAUUUAACACUCUGCAAUUGCAAAAUCACCCAAUCUCUUUUGUGUUCAAAUUCCUAUUAAUAAGUGCAAUGGAAUGACAUUUUAUUUAGAAAAUCAAGCAAGAAGUCUACGCUGAAAUUGGGGCUAGGGUUAAUGUGCACAAGUUUUUAAAAGUACUGUGCAAUGAAUAUGUUUUGCAUGUGCUAUAAAUUCAGCCAUUUUAGAAAGGACAAACUAGAUUCAUGUAUAUAACAAUACUGGACAUCUAGACUAUGGUGAUCAUACAAAAAAUGUAUAAAAUAUAUAUGCUCUGGUGUUUGCUUAAUGACUUCCUUUAUAACAACACUGUUUCACCUUUUAAGGAAUGCUGUUUGGGAACCUUUUAGUUGAAGCAAUCUAGUAAUGUCAGCUGACGGUAAUUCAAGAGGCUUUUUUACUGUACAGAUAACAUACAUUCUAAAUACAGUAGCUCUUCAGAAAGUCAACAGCUUAUAACAGUGUAGACAAUUGGCAGGAAUGACAAUAACAGUAUCAGAUUCGCUGAUCUCAUACUGAUUUAUGAUACUAAAAUAUAGCCUUUAGCAGAUUUUGGGCUCCCUUCCGUCUGGGAAGGCUAAUGCCUCUCAUCUCCUGUGUCAGGACUUGGCUUCAGGGAAGUCUGUUGAUGGCUUUUUAAUUUGUGUACUAAGGCUGGAACUAAGAGGUUUGAAAGUAGCUCAUACAGGAGGUUGGCAGCAUGCAUAGGUUUAUCAUACAAUUUUGUCCAAUGAAGUAAAGUAUCGUUUUUUUCGUCACAAAAUUAUAUUUUCGUACUAAACUCUAUAAUUGGCAAAUAGAUCAAUAUGUACAGAUAUAGCCUCUGUUGUAAUUUUGCAUUUAACAUAAGUUUGAUUCUUACCAAUGAUUCAAAAAAUCAUGAACUCCGGAGUGAGAUUCUGUGUCAAAAUUAAAAGCAAAACUGAAUUUAAAUAUUUGUCCAGUUCAGCUACUUUUUCUAUAAUUUGUAAUACACUUUUAACUUACUUUGAAUUCCCAACAAUUCACACUAUACUAAUUAAUCCUGAUAUAUUUUUAACAGCAAUGCAAACUCCAUUUUGCUAACAAGAAACUUAAAUUCAUGAAGAUGGGUCUGUCAUGUAUGCUAUACUGAAUCAUGUGGCAAUAGUCUCCAUUGAGAGAAAUAGCAAGGCAUUUCAGAUAUUAGGUGCGUUAAAGGCUACUCCAUGCACAAUAACCACUUCUCUGAUUUUAAUUGGUUGUGGUGCUUGCUAUCUGUAUGAAAAGCAACAAACACUGAUAUUAACACAUCUGCUAAAAGAGGUGUAACACCACCACCUGCUAUUAGAUUGGGGUGUCAGCCAAGAACAAGAUUUUCCCGGUUGCUAAUGUGAAUCCUGUGUAAAUUAGGCAUCUGACAAGGUAAGGUGAGAGAUGUCAGCCAAGGAGGGUCGGGUGUUGUCCAGACGAGCAACGGUUACUUUGUUAGUUUGUCGUAGCUUGUCACUUAUUUGGCAAUAAUAUCAAAAGGGGAGUGAGAGAAGCUAAAGGUCUUCAGAUGACUUUACCUGUAGGGUGAUAGGAUCAUUUAUAGUACUUGAUACAUACAUUAAAAAAAAAUACAAUAUUGAUUGAGAUCAAACAAGCACAGUCAACAAUUGAUGAUUUUGCUUACAUGUUUCCAUAGUAGACAAGAGUGUAAGUAUUAAGACAUUUGGUUAUUAAAAUAAUAAAACCUUUUCAAGUCAGCCUUUUUAAAAAGAUGUUUCAAUGUUAAGAGGUUAGUGCACACACGUUGUAAGGGGAAUACUCCCACCAGGGUGCUUCAUACCAGGAGGGCCACAUUCCCAAGCAGAUCUAAUAAGAACUAGUACACAAGUCUGGGCACACCAGAUAGUUGAAGCAAGCAGUCUGUUAAAAGUCUGGGCCUUUUACAAGGUUGCCGAAACAUUAUCUUAUUUUUAUCUUAACGUUAUUUUUUCUGUACUCCAAAUAUUGCAUUCUUAAGGAAAGUAUCAGGUGUGCACAGACUCUAGUACAUGUACAGGUGUUAAAAAGGAUAAGGGGAAAGGUUGCCCAAAACAAUAUUAUAAGUAACACGAAAAACUAUUGCAACAUAGAUAGAAUAAUAAAAAUUGUAAAAAGUGGGUAUUGUUAUAAAAAAAUGUCCAGAAUAGAGAUAUAAUCUUGCCAGAAGAAAUGGUAUCCCCACCUAGAAUUCUUUGGAGUAGUCCUCACUGGAACAGAAUAAAAACUGAUGCCAGUCAGUAGAGACGUAAAAGAAUAAAAUAAUAAUAAAAGAGUAAAAUGGCACGGUAUUUUUAAUUUUUAUCAUUCUAUUUCUAUAUUUGCUAUAUCCUGUUGCCAUAGUGUUUCAUGUUGCUUAUACGCAUUAAAAUAAUGUUGUUUUGGCGCAACCUUUCCCCUUAUUCUUUUUUACUAUUGUAUUUAUUCUGUGGUGCUAAGAGGGAGCCCCACAUUCUAAGGUGUGCUGCUGUCACGACACUCCUUAGUUGAUUUGUCCUCGUGCACUACCCACAUUCACCACUAUCUUUGUCUGGCACUGUUCCUAAUUUCUUUUCAUUAAGCACUUCACCUGGUACUUGUUUAGCACCUAUAUAGUUUGGUUUCUCCCCUCCUUGCCAGAUCAUUGUCUCUUGUCCUCUGUUUCCCUGGUUCCUGGUUCCCUGUGAUUCUGGAUCCUUGAUCCUGCAUACUGUUCCUUUGUCCUGUGUCCUGCACCUCCUGGUCAUUGUCCUAUGUCCUCCUGAUCCUGCGUUCCUGUGUCCUCCUGGUCCUUCGUUCCUGUGCCCUCCAAUCCGGUGUUCUGGUUCCGUGUUCUCUGCCUUCUCACCAGUGAUCCUGACCCUGCAGCCUUGUUCAUUUAUUCUGCUAGUGACCUUGAUUCCUGGUGCCAGUAUAUUAGUCUUGUGACUCUGGAUUUGUGCCCUACCUACUACUCAUGGUAACUGCACAAUCCUGCCCUUAUACCAAAGGACUGUUUCAGUAUACGUUGCCUGCACUAUUCGUGCUUAUCCUGAUUUAUUGUAUAUAUUUUGUGGCAUUGUAUAUAUAUUGUUUUGUUUUGUCUUUUGGUUCUCUGAAAUAUAUAUAUAUAUAUAUAUAUAUAUCUUGAUUUAACCUAUUCAUUUGUGGCAUUUAUUUCUUUGUUGUAUUGGUUCCCACAUUUAAAGGGACAGUGUUGUUCCAGGGCAGCACCCCUUCAUGUCAUUACAGCUGCAAAUUGGGUUCCUAACAUAUUAAAGAACCUUAACACCCAUGCAUGAUGAUAUAUGAAGCAAUUUCAACUAGAUAUAAAAAGAGCAUAAAUCAUGCACAGAUAAUCUUCUUUUUUUUUUUUUAAACAUAAAUAUAUAAAUACAAUAACAUUACUUUUAAAUGCACAAAACAUGCAUAGUACAUUAAUCUUAAACUUUCUAAUGCCUACUAUUGAGGUGAGAGUUCAUUAUUUGUUUCCCUUUCAUUUGCUUAGUACAAUUAUUAAGACUACCAACAAAGUAAAGUGAAAUUUUUGUUCCAAAUCACAAAAGAGUGGCAGGUGCACAUAAGUUUAUAUCAGACUCACACACCUAAGGUAUUCUGUGAGUCAUGCGUCAAGAGUGUAAGCUUCCUGUCAGCCGCAGGUGGUAUUAUGGUCCAUUAAGACACACCCCGUGAAACAUUGUAAGUUACUGGUUAUAAUGAGUUCUUUGUUAUACCAAAAAAUAAUCAUCGUUUAAUGUAUGCCUUUAGUGUGAUUAGAAGUUUAUUUUUCUAUAGCAUAUGACAAGCACUCUAGUCAGCCCUGAUCUUCAGAGUUCAUUCUUGUUACCAAAUGAGAUCUAUUGUUGACUCCUGGGACUGAAAUAUUAAAGAAUGAUGGCUCUUUUGUUAUUAGUAGAUCUUUUGCUUGGGGCCUUAAAGUGAUGAAUCAUAGGUGCAUCAAUAAAUCAGUCAGGGAAAUAGACCAUUAAUGAUUGGCUUAACAUUUUAGGACAGCAGUGUAUAUUUAAAAAAUAAGAAUAAAAAAACUGGUAAAGGCACAUCACCUAGUGUUGAACACAACAGAACAAACAAUAAAUGAAGAUAAAAGGUAACUGAAUAUAGAAAAUAAUAAUCAACAUAUAGGAGGGCUGCGUCACAUACAGAUGAGCGACUAAUCACUAGAUACACAGUAAGAACAAAUGUAGGUAUGUGAGCGCUCCAAAUAAGAAUUCAUUACCAAUUUUGAACUGCACUCCAGAAAACAGCAACUACCAUCAUAUAAAAAAUGAUAAUGAUAGCAUGGGAAAUACCAAAUGUACGGGUAUAUAGAUAAUUCAAGAUUACAUAAAAACUGAUCAAUAUAAAAUCGUAUAGUAAAAUAUACCGUCAGAUUUUAGAUCAAUUAUAGUGUACCAAAUGUCAAAAAGAGUAUUUGUUGAGCUAAUAUCAAAUGUUAAGACAAAUGGGUAAAAUCCCGCUAUGCCUAAAUGACAUAACACAUACAGACCAGAUGGAUACAAUCGUGCAUAACCUUAAUAAACGUAAAAUCCACAAAAUAAGACACAUCAGCAGCUACAAAAGUGUCCAGACAGAAAAGUCUAAAACCACAGUGGGGGCCCUCCUGCACUGAUGGUAAUGUGAAAAAAUAAAUAAAAAUGUGUACACGUGGAGAAAAAAAAAAACAAAAAACAAAAAAAUAUUAUCAUAAAAAGGUCACAUAAAAAACAAGAUGUAGGGUGUAUAUCACAAAUACCCAAAUGGACUCACUAUCCCGGGGGGAGGGAGCUCUGAAACCCACCAGACAACAAGGUCUCCGCUAAUGUUGCUGCAAUGGAAUAGUCCCCAAGCUUGAAAAAGCUCUGGGGGUGAGCCAGUGAGAGGUUGGGGGAGCACACCAAACUACCCGCCACGAGAUAGGGUGUAUGUGUCGAUCCGGUAGUUGCAAUUGCCGGGAAUCACUCUCGGGUCGUAAAGGAGACCAAGCUGGAGAUGCAGUAAAAACGAACAGCAGAUAGUCUACACAUUUUGUCCCGUAUGAAGUACUUUUUCAAGACUGAAAUCUGCUGUACUCUGUAUGGGUAUAUAUACCCUCAAUUAAAUAAAUAGUAGUAAUGACAUCAUCAAUUAAACAUUGUGGGGCAUAUUGCCUAAAUGGUACAUUCAACUUGAAAAAUAAAAAAUGAAUAAAAAUAGGCAGAAAGAAGAAAUCACAAUCCUAUCACUGGUGAAACAGUAAAAAAUAUUUUUGUAUAAAUAUCCAUCAUCCACCACUACCAUCAAUUUAUUUAUAGUAAAUCUCAUGAACCAAACUUCAUUCCCUCUGCACCUAGAUAUGUAUCAGAGAAAGGAAGAUCUAAAAUAGAUUAUUCCUAUUUGUUAGGGUUGUCAUAAGGACGAUUAAUAUUGUAUUUGAAAAAUCAGGUGUAACCACAUAUAUCCAUACUAAGUGUAAUUGUAAUCUAAACAACAACAGAACUAUAAGGAGAAUAUAUUGAAGGGGAGACGUCCCGGUCAAUACACACAUACCUCAUUCGCCCAUUCACCACCAAUUAGUUAUAUCAUAUUGACUAUCCGAGAAACAACCAGAUAGUUCAUGAUGUAUCAUAUAUUCAUAAAGGGAUGAAUUCUAGAGCGAAAAAAAGGAUCCUAUUAUAAAGACCAAAAAAAAAAACAAGGCUUCAUUUAGAUAUCAAGAGGGACCCAACUAGAAGUCAAUUUUAGAAGACAGGUAAAUUUAAACAAUAUGCUCUAGUUCCUCAUUUAACCCAUGAGGGUUAAGGGUGUUAAGUUGGAAGAUCCACUUAGUUUCAGCUGUGAUGAGGGCUUGUUUUCCUUUGGGAAUAUUAAACUUGUUAUUCUUCUCUGGAAUAUGUUCAAAACCCAUAACUGAUAUAUGUGCAGGGUUGCUCUCAUGGGCUAGUUGGAAGUAUCUGGCAACUGGGGAUUUCCUAUCUUUGUUCAUAAUCGCUAGUCUGUGCUCCCUAAAUCUAGUUUUAAGUGCUCUAGUGGUCUGACCUACAUAUAAAAGUCCACAUGAGCACGUCCGCAAGUAGACCGUAAAUGAGGUAUUACAUGUGAUCCUCGAAUGUACUCUAUAGAUCUCAUUAUUAGAGAAAUCAGAUUUCCCAUGGCACAAGAAUUGACAAGUUAGACAUCUGGUAGAGCCACAUGUAAAAUUCCCAGAUCCAAGAGGGAUCGAUGUGUUGUGAGGUCCUAUCGGAGUGAGUUUGGAUGGAGCUAACAAAUUUUAAAGGUGUUUAUUUCUCCUAAAUGUCACUCUGGGUGAUCCCGAAAUACUAAACUUCAGCCAAGGGUCCAAUAAUAGGAUUGACCAAUCUUUUUGAAGGAUAGAAAUAAUCUGAUCAAAUGCAUUGUUGAAUAUUGUGGUAAAUAUGGGACCUUUAUUUUGAGUAAUAUCCUUUGUACUGAUGCUGAAUUUGUUCCAGAGCUUUUUCCUCCUUUCCGGGGUUUGGUUAUCCAAAAGUGAUACAAUCUCCCUAUGUUUGGCCGAUGUAGGUGGUGAUAUAGUCAGACCAUACUCAUCAAUAAGAGAUACAAUGCGCGAGCUCCUGUUGAGGUUUCUUGCUUUGCAGUAAGCCGGACGAAACCUAGCAAGUAGAAAAUAAUCUUUAAAAUACUUUCUAAAGUAUCCUUUUCAUAUAUUUGACACUUUAGAAUGUGAAUAUACAAAUACAACAAAUAUAUCAGCUCAGCAUGGCGGGGCUUGUUUAUUAAAUAAUGAAUUGUGGAGAAUUUAAAAUUGAUUUGGAAAAUUGGGACUAAAAUGAAACGUGAGCUGAAUUGGAGAUUUUUUGUAGCUCUGCUAUUUAAACCUGAAAUUUGCAGUUUGAAAUUUUAUAUCACUACAAUUCAUUACUUGGUGGAAAAAAAAAUAUUUGGUACCUUGUUGCACCCAGGACAUACUUGAAAACGAUACUUGCUGGUCACUCUAAUCUAGUGCUCCCCGGGCCAGUGCACCCUAACCCUAAGGUGGCCGCCUGUGCCACCUUAUGGAUGCGCUGGCCCUGAGUGUGACCAUCUCUAUAAAAGCCAAAGUUUUUGCAGUUUGCUGUCUAGAGCACUCAGGAUUUUAUGUCCCGAUAUGUAGAUGUAUUAUUCAAAGAGGGUGUGAUUUAUUUUUCCUAUAACUGUAGAUAAUAUACAUAAAUCAAUAGGCAUUGCAACAGAUGAAAAGUUUACGCUAAUGUUCAAAAUACUUGAAAAGGUAAGUACUCAUGAAAUAUGUUGUUUACUUAACGUCGAGGCAGAAAAGUAAUCAGACCCUCUUUAGUAACUUUGAAUGGUCUUUUGAGACAUAAAUUGUCGUAAAGGAAAUGUAUAUCUAAAAUGUGCACUGAGGAGUUUGUUGAUAUAUUCGCUCUGCUAAUCUAAGUAUUAAACUGUAUUGAAAAACAAUUACAUAAUGUCCUAUUUUAUAUGCAUGUUGUGUAAUUGCAUUGAGUUUAGUUUAAUGGCAAUAUUGGAAGCAAUGUUGCAGUUUGAAUGAUUCCCUAGAAAAAUCUGGCAAUAGAUAUUUUACUCAUUAAGGCUUUAAUUUCCUCUUUAAAGUGCCUUAAAUUGAUUAUUUAAUAGAACUCCCCAAUACUAUAAUAAAUAUAUUGAGCUUUAUUGUACAUUCUUAACUGUGCCAAGUGUGAAGGUCCAACAAUAAGUACAGGACCGGAGUUCCAUUAAGUAACAAUACAUUUUAAAACUUCCUGUUGAAUCACAGAACAGCCUUAAAAAUGUCUGCAAUUCGUAAAACUGUUACAAAAUAAGAAAAACCACAGACUUGAGUGCUACUGUCUCAGUAAUGGACUUUCAGUAAUAACAAAAUAAUAACUAAAUGUAGCUGAUUUGUCUUUGGCACGUAUUAAUAUUCUUAUUCGUAUGGGAAAAACACGAAAAAACAUAGAUGUAGAGAAUCCGGGUAAACAUUUGGAAUAAUUUGUUUUCAUUUUUAUAGCAUGUGAGUGGACUUCAUGAAUGGAUGGGUGCAGGGAGACUGGAAUUAAUUUCGGUUAAUCGGGCCAACCAGAGGCAACAAUACAGUUGUCAAAUCGGCUAUAUUGGUCUAAAAUUUGCAAUUUAUGUGUCAGUGCUCCAAAAUUCCAACAAGCUCCUAGUUGGACACUGACCAACAAAAGAGUUGUCUUCUAAGAUCUCUGGUUCUCUUUAGGGUACAUUAUGAUCUGUAUGUCUUGGAGUCAUGCAAACAUCAGGUCAGCCAGAUAACGUCUGGAGGGCCUAGGUUGGGCCAAUAAGAUUUAAAGGCUCAAAGGGGAUGGUAACGAAGUUGGAUGAUUGCGUGGAAUGAAAAUGAUUUCUGAAAUAAUUCUUGUACCCUUCCCAGUUUAAUAUUCAGAAACAAACCCAGGAGAUUUUAAAAUGAAUAUGCUAUUUAUCUGGUGUUUCACAGCAAGCAGAACAAAAUAUGCAUUUAUCUAGAAGAUGUCAGCCAAUAGCAAUGAACCAUUGACCUUCCAGGGGUGGAAGAAGCAAUUACAAGGACUGCGGGGCUAGGCAAUCCAGUUGUGACUUCAUAGGCUACCAUCAGCUUUUAAAACUGGACUUGGAUAAAAUGUAUUUCUUUCUUCUGUAAUUCCAUCCAGUAGGAGUGGGAGAAUGUUUGUGUCCGCUCCAGAUACUAACCAAAAGCACAUAUCCAUCUGUCUGCUCUGACUGCAGAAAUAUGCUCAAUUUAAUAAAUAACAAUGUUAAGGGUGUGUGGCUUAUGCGAAAGAGCAUAUUUUUUACUUUUCAUUUACUGCUCUGGUAUGAGAAAGUACUUAUUAUAUUAUAUCCCCUGGCUUUUCAUCACAAACCAUACAUAUUCAGCUUUGCCAUUUUUUCCCCAGACAGAUUUUGUUAAAGACUUUGCAUCGUUUUAGUAACCCUUCAUUUUAUAGUUCAUGUAUUAAUGUCUUAUUGGAGAUAGCUAUAAGCUUUAGUUACCAGAGCAUGUUAUGUGACAUGAGAACUAUUUCAUGCUUUUAAGAACCUAUUUGUGUUCUGCUUGUAUUGUGUUCUUGUUAAAGUGCACCUGUCAUUCACAGUCAUUCAAAGCCUACUUUGCAUAGAAAAAGGAUAUAUGCAUUGUUCGAGCCUAUCUGACAGAAGUGGAUGAAUGAAAAACAUAGUGAUGCAAAGUUUGUACACUUAGUGGUGAGUAAGUGCAUACACAUACAGACAUAUUAUCAAUGCCAUUAGAGCUGCUUACCUGUGCAGUGUGAUAUGGACCUCUAGUCUGACUAUAUUAACCCCUUAAGGACUGGACUGUUUUUGCGAUGUUGUACAUUUGCGACCAGGCAUAUUUUUACACUUUUGUGGUGUUUGUGUUUGGCUGUAAUUUUCCGCUUUCUCAUUUACUGUUCCCAUACAAAUUAUAUAUUGUUUUUUUCAGGACAAAAGGGGCUUUCUUUACAUACCAUUAUUUAUAUAAUCUCAUGUAUUUUAAUUAAAAAAAAUAAAAAAUAUGAUGAAAAAUUGAAAUAAAUACAUGUUUUUUGACUUUUACUUGAAAAAUCUUUUACUCAUCUACAAAAGCGAAUGAAAAAAACUGCUAAAUAGAUUCAAAAUUUUGUCCUGAGUUUAAAAAUACCUAGUGUUUACGUGCUUUUUUGCUUUUUUUUGCAUGUUAUAGGGCUAUAGGUACAAGUAGGAUAUUGCGGUUUCAAAACAUACAUUUUAAAAUUUAUCAAUAGUGACAUUGUAACACUAUUAUCUGUCAUAAAUCUCUGAAUAACACCCCACAUGUACAUAUUUUUUUUAAAGUAGACAACCCAGGGUAUUCAAUAUGGGGUAUGACCAGUCUUUUUUAGUAGCCACUUAGUCGAAAACACUGGCCAAAGUAAGCAUUCAUAUUUGUUUGUGUGUGAAAAAAGUAAAAAAACUAAAUUGAGCGCUAAUUUUGGCCAGUGUUUGUGACCAAGUGGUUACUAAAAAAGACUGGACAUACCCCAUUUGCAAUACCUUGGGUUGUCUUCUUUUGCAAAUGGUAUGCCAUCAUGGGGGUAAUUCUCAUUCCUGGGCUACCAUACGCUCUCAAAGGCAACGUAACCAACCUGGCCAUUUUCAAUGUAAAAAUAUUUGACCCAUAUAUUUGACCUGGUAACUUUCAAAAAUGCUAUAAAACCUGUACAUGGGGGGUACUGUUUUACUCGGGAGACAUCGCUGAACACAAAUAUUAGUGUUUAAAACUGGAAAACGUAUCGCAACAAUUAUAUCAUCAGUAAAAGUGCUGUUUGUGUGUGAAAAAUGCAAAAAAAGUAACUUUCACUGACAAUAUCAUCACUGUGAUAUGUUUUACUGUUUUGAAUCACUAAUAUUUGUGUUCAGCGAAGUCUCCCGAGUAAAACAGUACCCCCCAUGUACAGGUUUUAGGGUGUCGUAGAACGUUACAGGGUAAAAUACAGUGCUAACAAAUUAAAUUCUCUGGAAUUUCGGCCUGGGUUGGCAGGCAGGUCCCUCAAAUUGCAAUCAAUAAAAUUACUGAAUUAUGUAAAAAUAUUACAUAAAUACGCACGUAAAAUUUAAAUAUAUAUGCAUAUUUAUAUAUUUGAAGUCUACGUGUAUAUUUAUAUAAUUAUUUAUGUAAUUUUGUAUAUGGACGUAUGUAUAUUUCUUAUUAUUUUUAUUUAUUUUUAUAUACAUAGAUAUAUAUAUACAAAUUCAUCUAAGUGUAUUUUGAUAUAAAUAUAUAUAUAUUAAUUUUAAAAUACAGUUAGAAUAAAAUUUCAUAUAGCUAUAUAAUUUUUUAAAUUUUUUUAUUAUUAUUUACAAAAAAUUAUUUAAUUUAAAUUACUUAUUAUUUAUAUUUUAUAAUAAUAUAUAUACAAUAUAGUUAUUAUAUAUAUUAUAUAUAUACGUGUGUAAUUUAAUUAUAAGUGUAUUUUUAUAUUAAUAUAAGUACAUAUUAAUAUAAAAAUACACUUAGUAUGGCAUUAUAUAUAUGAUAUAUAGACAUAUAUUAUAUAGAUAUAAUAUAUGUCUAUAUAUCAUAUAUACACAUAUAUAAUUAUUUAUUUAUUUUUUAUUAACAUUAACUUUAUUUUAUUUUUUGAUUUUACACUAGCAGGGAGACUGCCUGUCAGUGCAGGCAGACACAUGGACACCUAUUGUGACCAUGUGAUCGCUGUGUUAAGCGAUCACAUGGCCACAGGGGUCCUAAUUCAGUGUGGGGAGACUGUCUCCCCACAGCCGGAGCCACGCUGAUCGCCGCCGGGGGAACGACGGCGAUCAGGUAAGUAACGGAAACCGUUAGGACGGUUCAGGACCGUCAUCGGUCCUCAAGGCAAAAAUGCCGAUGACGGUCCUGAACCGACCUCGGUCCUUAAGGGGUUAACAUGCACUGAUUAUUCCUACACAUUUGUAAUCUGAAAUUAUCAAAAUUGCUAGGGUUUUCUGAGUCUACUAUGUUUUAAACUUGUAGCCUCUUGGAAAGAGCAUAGUUUAGUAGAAAUGGGGCCUUGACAGGGCUUGCAGGCAGGUAUAGGUGGAGCAGUACCAGGAUUGGUAAAUUGUGGCUAGGCUGGUGGGUGCAUAUAUAUAGGGGCAGCCAUCUUAGGAUAGUCAAUUUAAUUUGCUCACCAGCAUGGAUUUGUCCCUCUCAACCUUAGGGAGUUGGGUUGUUUUGUUUCUGUCUCGCUUGGUCACAGCAGCGGGGCUGGUAAGGUGAAGGAAAAGGGGGGCAUAGGAGCUUUGGAGUUAAAAAAGGAGAAAGGGGUAGGUAAAACAGAGUGGUGAAAUAGAAUUGGGGUUAUACAGUUGGUUAUGGUAUUUGGAGGUUUUGAGUCCGUCGGUGGCUCAGAACUUUUGGGUUGUGGGAGUAUCCGGGUAUACCCUCACCACUGGUCUGUUAAGUAAAAUAUUUGCACUUUAUUGGUUACGUGUUAAUUAUGUUCAUUAAAAGCUGUGGACCAGGGGGGGCGGAGCCUAGAUUCCAGGCUGAGUGGAUGUGCCAAGACCAAGCUCCUGCACAAAAUACAUGAUUUCAGGGGAAAUCACCCCAAAUAAUUGGCGCAGGACCACUUUGGAGGGCUAUAGUUGUACUGGGGACACCUGGGUACACUCUUGGACACCCAAAUCUUCUUUCUAACCACCCGGGAACCAAAAUUACGUCGGCUGAGGCCUACAGGAAAGCGAGCAGGGGGAGAGACCGCCACUCUCCUCCCUUGUUACCUGGUACAGGAAUACCUCAACCCUCAACUCUCCUACCCCACCCACCUCCCUGGGGAUAUCCCAGACCUCCCUGUGUGCCCGGAGCAACCUGUCUGAACCGACCCCUACACAGCGUGUAUGCACGCAGACUAGAUAGAAUCAUGCAUUUUAGUUGACCGCAAUAGGCUAUCACAACCAGCAUGAUCAAACAAACCUAAUUUCCCUAACAAUACUCGACAUAUUCACUUCGCUUAACAUACAAGCCGUUUGGGAAAAAUCCAUAACUGUAUAUCUAACUUUGACAUAACUAAAUAAUCAGACGACCAAGCUUGCAAUCCAUAUGUUUUCCCUCUCUGUCACUCCUCUGAUUAUUUCUCCUACUUUAACUAUUACAACAGCUGGGGUACCUCAAGCCUGUUUGUACCAAGCUUAUGCACUGCAAAAAAAUUUUGAAAAAAUAAAUAAAAAUUAAAAGAAAGCUGUGGACCAAAUUUUUCCAUACAUAGUAGUGUUGUGUCUUAUUCAGGGGGGUUGGGUGAUUGGUUCGCGAAGUACAGAUUCACCUGCCCAUAUGGCAACACUGCACCUCUCAUGACUAUUAAAGUCUAAAAUUCCUCAUAAAUUCUCUUUGAAUUCGAUGUGGAUUCACACUUUUGUAACAAAAAAGACCUAAUUGACAUCUCUUGAUAAUUGUAAAAAAGACUCUUUCUAAAGUCUAAACAAUGCAUGUAAGGCUUCUCAUAAUAUAAACGUAUGAUAGAAUUGCAAGUAGAAACCAAUGGCACAGUGGCAGAAUAGAAGUUAUUUUAUAUGUUUUGUAAAGUAGAAUACUCUCGAAUUAUUGAGCACCAAUUAAUUCAUGUACUGUAAAUGUGAAUGGUGGAGUCCACACCAGAGAUACUCCAGGACACAGGAUACCGGAACAAAGUAAAAUCCAAUCUUUUAUAAGGUAAAAAGGCCAAAAACCUCUAUAUAAAAAAAAAGAAAAAAAUCUAAAAAUACAGUUAAGUAAAACACGGAUGUAUUUCACUACAAGCUCUCUCAAAGUGUUAGGACUGUGUGGGAUCUAUUGUAAUAUAUACACUACUCUAUAUUCAGCUACUGCACCACUGGUUUCUCCUUGCAAUUCUAUUUUGCAUAUACACUGGGAGUUACUAUCAUUCAAAACCUCCACCAGAAAGCCACGGUUUGCACAUUACCCUAUAAUACUUUGAGUAUGUAUCCUACAUGUUAUGAGACUAUUAGUACAGAAUGCCUUAGUGUAUGUAUAGGUUUGACUGGUAGUUGUUACACUCUAGAUUUAGUGUGGUUUGCGCUGAUUUUUUUUCUGUCUUGCUUAUCACAAGGUGUUGGGCUUGCUGCUGUACUUUUAUUUUUAUACAAACACAAAGAUAAAGCACCGCGCAGGUAACGUUCUCUUUGUUUUUAAUUUUAUUUUUAUAUAUAUUUUUUUUUGUUUUAUACAAGGCUUCGGCCCGAGAGUCAAACCGUUAUACGGAUCAACUUCUGUCUGCAGAAUACUUUGAUAAUACAGUAGCUUAAAAGAGGAUAUUUAACUAGUACCAAAAUCUUAAUAUGUUUUAAAUUACUUUGCUAUGAGCAUUACAACGUUACAAAGUACCAUACAUUAAUAUAUGCUACACCUUAUAAAAUGUAAAUUUUUCAUGAUAUUAAAUAUUUUACAUACUAUAGUGAAAUUGAGUUUGAUUUUUAAGUACAAAUCACUUAUUUAAAUAUGCUCUUUUUUCUAACUCCAACUGAACUGGUGCUGAAUAAAAGUAUUUGUGCUGUGAUUUAUUGACUUUCCCUAUAACCGAACCUUUAUAUAUCUUAGGUGACGCGUUAAGAGAUCUGCACAUUUAUUUAUGUCUAUCUCUGCCUUUAUAGUCACUCUAAUGUUUAAGCAAACAAGUGAAAUGAUAGUUUAGCAGGGCCAUCUUUAAUAUUGAUUGGACCCUGGGCAAGCAUCUGUUUGGGCCCCCUGGGCAUGCAAUCACUCCCUCCACCCCAACCUAGAGGAGAAACUAAUGUAGAGAGUGCCUCGGUGCAACAAAAAAAAAUUCAGGCCUGCCCUGUAGCACAAGAGUAAAGAAAAGAUAGAUCCCCAUCUGUCAUACAACUCCUGCGAUGCUAUGCCAGCUGGGGAUCUACCAUCCUUGCAGGGUUGUAUUUUUGAGCAGUGUUUGUGCAAAUGAAUGUCAGCAUGUUAUUGUAUAGAGUGUAUGUGUGCAUGUAGGAGUGUAUUUGUAUGUACUGUUACCAUUGGAAUGCAGUGGUGUACUUGUGUGUAGUGUUUGCAUUUUAAUGCAGGGAUGUGUGAUUGUUUGUAGUGUUGGCUUUUAAAUGCAGGUGUACUUUUGUGUGUAGAGUUGGUGUUUGUAUAUAAUUUUAGCGUUUUAAUACAGGAAUGUGUUUGCAUGUAAUGUUUGUAUUUGCAUGCAGGGGGAUGUUUGGAUGUAGUGUUGUCUUUUAAAUACAUGUGUACAUUUGUGUGUAGUAUUAGUGUUUCAGCAAACUGGUGUGUUUGUAAAGUUUGUGUUUGCAGGGGUCUGUUUGCAUGUUGUGUGAUUUCUAUAACACAUAUACACAUACACAUUAACACGCAGAUACACACAUGCUCACACUGACACAUGCUCACACCUUGACACAUACUGGCACAUACACAUACACACACACUCAGAUACACACCCUUUGACACACAGAUACAAGCACUUUGAUAUACACACACUGGCACAUACACACACACACUGACACAGGUAUAUACACACACACUCAGAUACACACAUACACAAAGGUAUAAAUGCAGGGGUGUAUAUGUGUACAGUGCUAGAGAUGGAAUGUAGGAGUGUAGUUGUGUUGGCAUUAAAAUGCUGGGAUGUAUGCAUUACCACACACUCAGAUGCACACUUACACACACACUGAAACACACACACAGGUACACAUACAGGUGUAUGAGGUAUACAUACACACAGAAACACUGACACACAGACAAACACAGCCAGAUACACACAAGGACAUAAACACAACAAGAUACACACACAUAUAUGUGUAAAUUUACAUAUUUUAAUCUCUGCCUUCUAGCAGCUCUUGGACAGCAACUCCCAGCAACCUUGGCCAAUAUAAUGUCUCAACUCUGUUCUUACAUACCCUGGUCCAAAAUUUGGCAAAAGUGACAUUUGAAAAUGGUGUACAGCCUUUGAUAACACUUAAUGCAAUAUGUUAAAAUAGAUACUUUUUAAAUUUAUAUUUAAUAGGGAACUGUCAGGUUCUUCUAGGAUUUUUAACAUGUACUUAUUCCCUGUGUGUUACAUUACAAACACCAACACACUUAAAUAAGUGAUAUCAGAAAUUAGCAAAACAAAAAACAAAACAUAUUUAGCCACCCUCCUGUCUCCUUACAUUUUGGGUACAGAAAGGUGGCUUCCCUGGUGUCCAGUGAGAGCUUGCUGGCCCAGGCUGAUGGGAGUCUGCCAUCAGCUUUCUCAGUCCCUCUCCCCAACAAUGCUUGCAUCCUCCUCCAUGUGGUGUGUGCCUCCUCCCCAGCGGCACUGAGGAGGAAGUGAUCAGUUCUUACUGGGAGGAAACAAUCUGACCUCACUUCCUCCCAGCAUGCCCAGGAAACAAAGAGACUCACAGGGCAGUAUGUGAGGGGCUAGCUGUGAGUAUGUAGUCAGCCACCCCCCAUAUAACAGGGGCCCGGGCCGGUCCAGAGCAGUAUUAAAGGGCUGUGGCCCCUGAUUACCUCAGGUGCCGCAGGGGGCCCAUGGGGCAGCUGCCUUAGGGCCCCCAGGAGUAACUGGGCCCGGGGCAGCUGCCCCUUUUGCCCCUCCUUAAAGACGGCCCUGUAGUUUAGUAGUUGAGGAAACUGCUCUCUGCCUGAAACAGUGAUUUUCAUAAAACUUUCUUGAUUUGUCUUUAAAAAGAAAUUACAAAUGCAAAAAUUCUUAUGUUAAUAUAAGCCUACGAAAAUACUCUAGAUUUAUAAAACCCUUUAAAAAAAUGAUCACCAGUCAGACAUUGACGGUGAGACCAAUAAUAUCACAUUGUCACACCUCCUAAAUUUGCACACAUAAACAGGUAUUUGUUCUGAAGAGUGUUACUACUUUCUUUAAGCCUACAAAAAGUUUAUUAUCAGCACUCCUAUGGCUCCCUCAAAGUCACCCCAGGUCUGUGUGCUCCGGGUGUACUAGUAGAGUAGUAAUUACUUACUGAUUAUUGGUAUUUCUAGAUAAAAACUUACGUUGGACUUGAUCUCUCUCACUUAUGUAGUUAUUGAACUUGUGAAUUAUCCAUAUCCAUUACUCACGAUAUGAGACAUGCUCACACUGUACUAAAUGGUAUGAGAGUACUUGAACCACACAGAGAGCACUUCCACAGGCCUCUGCUAAUAAUCUGCCCUGAGAGGUGCUGGUCAGAAGGUUUUCACACCCCUUAUUUGCUCAUUUAUGGCAUUGUCUAUGCCACAGGCGGUAUCGCUGUAAAGAAAAAUAUGGGUAGUCACGGACUGAGUCUCCCAGGGUCUGUAGAACAAAAGAUAGGACUCACUAGUAUGCAGUUUAGCCCCUUAAGGACACAUGACGUGUGUGACAUGUCAUGAUUCCAUUUUAUUCUAGAAGUUUGGUCCUUAAGGGGUUAAAGGCAAAAUUCAUUGAUGGGGAUACAAUGUUUUAUCUCAAAAAGAGCCUGUAUUAGACAGCAUCUCUGACACCCUCCCCCCAGGCCAUUACACCUCUUUGUCCUGGUGUCAUAUUUUCCAACAUUGUGAGAUAUGGUACUAGAGUAUUAACAUGUGGUCAAUAUAAGAAUAUUAUUAUUAGAAAUUUCACACAAAACUAACUGGAAACCAUUUAGGAAAAGAGUGUAGAAUGCACUAGUAAAAUAAAGCAAGGGUUCCUUUUUUUUUGCAAAUUGUUGCAUGUACGUAAUACAGUAAGAUACGUAUAGAAACAAAGUGUGCACCCAAUGAAAUUUUAUGGUUUUUGUAAAGCUAUAAUUAACCAGUUAGCCAGUUAUUUCUUCUGGCGGUGAGCAAAACCUGUAAUCACAAUGGGAAAAUAUCCAUGCCAGCUAAGCUAAGAUAAGAUCAAAAGUCAGCUUGAGACAUUAAAUAAAAUGGAUGUUUUUACCAACUUCUGAGUGUUACUCAUUUUAAUUUACAGCUUUCUGUGCCACUUAGUAAAUAGAGCUGAUACAAAUAAAUAGAAUUAAGGCAGAACUUUUUUUUAACAAUCGCUUCAUAAACAGAAUAUGGUGUCAACAUUUACAACAGGGUGCCUUUAAUAUCUCCUUACAUAUGCUGUAUUCGUCCGGGUACGCCUCAUAUCAAAACAUGUACUUGAAAUAUCUAAAACAAACCUAAGUAUAAACAUAAUAAUACAAGCAAGAUCAUGUUCACUGGUGUGAUUUGCAUUCCGAUAUAUGCAGGUGAUAAAUAGCAUGAAUACAUUUGAUCUUCCGUUUAUAUCCUGUUUUUAUAUCAUCUUUGGUUUUUGUGCAAUGUGUUAUUUGACUGAUAUUGGCAUGGAAGCCAAAAGGGAGAGUCGCAAGGCGCAACUGCCACAGGCUGUUGUACUUGUGGAAAAAAUAAAUAAUCUUUCUUGUUUUAACUGAUAAGGAAGUUAUAGUCUCUUCUUAUGAAGAAUGCUUCCAGAAAUGCAGAUAAACAGGACUCAAAUGUAUUUUUGAAGAUAAAUGCGAGAAGAAUUAAAGUGCGUUUUGGCGAUGAUGAGUUGUUCUUGUUAUACUAAUGCAUGAAAUGAGAAAAAAUACAUAUUUAUAAAUAUAUUGUACCCUAAUGUCCUUAUAGAUGCUACCCAUACUUCAAAGGGUUAAUGGUGCAAUGAGUACAGUAUUAGCCAUGACUAUAUUCGUACAUGGGUAUAUUAGAUUUGCUGAAGUUGUAAGUUGUAAACCACUUUUUUUGUGUUAGUUUUUUGCCUUUGUUUUGUAUCAUUUUUUUUAAUUAAAAAAAAAAUUCCACCAUCAACAAAAAUGUAUUAACUGAAAAUAUAAAUAUCUUUUCUGAUAAUGCUAUAGUAUGGAUGUUGCGUUCAACUCUUUAUAAUGUAUUCUUAUAUGGGACCAAAUCAAUUUUGAAUUUGAUUUUACUUUUCCCAUUUUUAGGUUACCUCAGUUAUUUGAAUACAGAAAAUGGCUUAAAGCAUGCUCAAUUCUUUUUUUACAAUCUCACUGUGUAUAAUGCUGUAGACCUGUUUAAUACACAUGUACAUAAUUUUGGGAAUCUGCAAUAUGUGUAUACACAUGUAUAUUGCGUAUGUCUUAAAUACAUUAUUACACCGCAAGUUGAUGUGGUGCAUACAUACAUUGAGCAUUACUGUAAGAUUGUGUAAUACUGAAGAUUUUGGAGACACAAUAUUGAUGCACAUAGUUUAACUGAUUUAAACCUUUGUCCACUAGGAGGAUCCCUUGUUGAGGUCUCUACUACCACAAUAAUGCAUUUUUAUUAGUGAUAGGUUGCUUUGAUUUGGCUUGUUUACCCAUAGUUCCUGCUCUCCGGGUCCCGACUUAGCUUGGUUUUACCGAUUGUCUUUUAUGCUGCCUGACCUCAGCUAGUCUCUGACUAUUCAGCUUGUCUCAUGCUUCGUGUAUUUCACACCUCUAGGAUAUUCAUGUUAAGCCAGAUGACUCUAUGGAUCACUAAUAUGUAUCCGUCCUUUUCAGUUUUGACCUAUUUAUUGUACGCGAGGUUUAGGUAUUUCCUGACUGCACAAUUCUCGUACAGGCUACACAUUUUGAUGGGUCAGACAUUAACCCAUUGCACCCUUGUUCAUCCCAUGGCUUAUUUUUCACAGUUCUACAUUUAAAAUGACUUUCUGUAUAUGUUCCUGUCAAUCAAAAAAUAGAGAAAUCCCUGCUAAGCAUUUCUAUCUUUUCUUAAGAAAAAUUAAUAGUCCCAUAUAAAAAGUUGGAAUUUGUAAAACAAUUUACAUCUUAGGGACCUAAAAUCACUUUUCCCCCCCAAAAAACCAACCUAUUUUCAGGUUCAUUAUAUCUGUACUCCCUCUUCUUUCGGCACUUCUGGGCACUCCCUUAUCAGACACUGCGCCAUUGCUUACAUCACCAUUGUAUUGUCACACAUUUUCUGUUAGUCAGUUUUUUAAAGCAUACCAUUGCUAACUAAGGUCACGAUUUUAAUAUUUUUGGAUACGUCUCCAAAAUGAUGUAAUGAUGUAAAAAUAAAUUUAUAUAUAAAUAUAUUUAUAUUUUUUGUUUUUCUUUUAUUUGUAUUUUGAAUAAUUUAUUUGAAAAGUUAAUCCAAAAUGUAUUAAAUCAUCAUCAUCUUAUACAAAUAUAUUAAAUUGAGGUCCCACAUUUGAACGGAUUAUAAGAAAAUGAACUUCUCAUUAUCUUGGCGGUGGAGUGAGGAGUGAGAAAGAACCACAUUUCUUUUCUUUCAACUUGCUCCGUAAAGGUUUUACAAAAGCUUGAGAGACUGUACCCCUUGUACAGUGUACCACAACCACUACAAUAAGCUAAUGGUUAUGGUGCUUAUUGUUGAUUCAAACAACUGCACUUUUAAUUUAGCUUGGUGAUAUGUUUAUACUGUACAUACCUUUUAUAUGAAUUGGUGUUAGGACUAUGGUUUAUAUAUUCAAGGAUGAAACUGGCACAUACAUUGGGAGGAGUUACACUCUUGGCCAGUGAUUGCUGUUCUCUUGGCAAAUCCUUUUCAGGAGAGUUAGCUAGAAGGUGCUAUCUGGGAGUCCAUCUCUCUUUUAUUGUGGAUAGACCCAAACUGGUAUCUCCUAGUGCAUGGUUAGCAAACUUAGGCACUCCACAUGUUGUAGACUACAUCUCCCAUGAUGCUUCGCCAGCGUAAUGGCUGUAAGAGUAUUGUGGGAGAUGUCGUUCACAACAUCUGGAAUUACUAAGGUUGCUUACCCGUGUCCUAGUGCAUCCCCGAAAAUAGAGACUCACUAGUUUUAGUUACACCAUACAUUACAUUUUUUGACGUACAAUGUGUCAACUCCACUAUGCAGUACUAUAAUGGGAAACAUUCAAAUAAGGAGCAGAUCAUGUAGCAUACAUUAUGUAUGUGUAUGAAAAUGUGUUUAUCUAUGCUUACCUAUCUAAGAUAAAGUUUAUUUAUACCUUAAUAUGUUCUCAAAGAUAAAAUCUAUUCCUGUGCAAUAUACUGCAUAAUGCCCAUCAAAGCUUUCAAAACAAACAUUUUAAGGAAACGGAUCUCUCUUUAUCAAGUGACAUGUUAAUACAACAAAAAUUUCAGUACUCACAUAGUUUUAUAUUGAGUCACUAUUUUAAACAUUACAAUACCAAGACCUAGAGGAAAAAAAAAAAAACCUAAAGUUAAAAAAUCUAGGGAGAUGAAAUAGGGGGGGUAAUAAUAAGAUGCUUAACAACUCUAUUUCAAGUAUAUAACCUUCUAGUUUAAAUGGACACUGUAGGCACUGUAACUGCUUCAUUGAAGUUGUUAUAGUGUCUGGCACCAUCCUUCCAUUCAGCGGUAAACGUUUCUUCAUGUUUUAAUGCUAAACAAGAGUCAUCGUUAACACCUUCAGUAGAGGCUGGACUUUGGCUGGCCAAGGACACUUCUUUAGUAUUUAACUGCUUUAAAAAGGGGCUUAACACUAAAUGGAGGGACAGUUGCACAAGACACUAGCCAUUAUAACUUAUUAACUGUGAUGAAAUGGUUGUAGUGUCUACAAUUUCCCUUUAAUAGAUGCACAUUAAGCUCCAUGCAGGUAAACUCUGUCUGCCUGUGGAUCCCCCAUCUUUUGAUAAAAGUAUCGGUACCCAGUUUCAGGUUAAGAGUUCAUCCAUCAUGCAAGGGUAUCUGAUUUUAUAGAUCAACAUGUGGGGUGAAGGAACAAUGUGUCUCAAUCUUUCCAUCCAUGCUGAUCUCACAGUUAAAGUGACUUUACUAACAAGCUUAUUGCCAUGUGGGGUAAGGGUGUGCUUCAGCACAGAGAGGAGUUUAAGCCAAAGGUAAAGGUCCAUCAGCUUGUGUUCGGCAAGUUUAUUUCAGAAAACACAUUUUUAAUCCUAACCCGGCUUGCCUGCACUUGGGAUACACCCACCAUUUGAGUUAAAAGGUGCCCUACCUUCCCAAGGUAUAUCUAACAUUGAUCAGUUGGAAUAAAGCCCAUUUAAUAAAGUUGAGCCCUGUAUUUUUAAAGUUACAUUUCACCUCAUUUGAAUAUUUAUGGAUCUAAUAAAAUGUCUGAUUCUGAGGUAAUAAAAUGCAAUAUAUGCAAUGACUGUUCAUUAUUUCAUAUUUUUACCAAAAGCCGAGUGUAGAAAUAAACUCCUUAAGCAAUGUUUUUAAUCUAAGUCCAUUUUUCUAUAAUGAAAAUGUAUUAAUAUAUGAACUGUUCAGUGUAAAGCAUAUAGCAACAUAUUUCUUGAAAGAAAUGAAUAUUAAUCAAACAGGAUAGGCAAACUAACAUUUGCACACUGACAUUUUCUUUCUUUGUGUAAUUUUUAUACAGGUAUAUUAUAUGGUACUGCGUCAGUCAGUACAACGAGGCCAAGAUGUCUUCCUAUUCCAUCAAACCAAAGACUAUAAAACAACAUGGGGAUAGAGGUCUACAGUGUCCAGCUGGUGAGACAUCAACAGCUGUGGUAAACAUGACAGAACAAGAAAACCAAAAUCGAGUCCUACAAAGUAACACUAAUUAUAUGAAGCUUUCUGUAUGA